CGUUUACGCGCACGUGCACGCCCACAUAAACACUGACAGCGCGCGGAGGGAGGAGGGAAGAGGAGGGAACAGCCGCGAAGAAGAGCUUACUUUAACCUCCUGAACAGACUCCGAACACUUAGUCCGUCUGUGUGGGUCUGUGCGGGUCUGUAUCUCUGUGGACCGGUCCGGGAUUCUCUGCCUGGACCUUGGACUUUGAAAAAAGUUUCCAACCCGGUGCCCUCCUGAACCAACCCGGCAGUGGAAGUCAGUGAGGAUCUGCAGGUGGUUCUGUGGACUCUGAAGGUUCGGUGUUGACAGGUUGGUCCUCCUCUGUGGACUCCAGGAGACCAGGACUGACCCGGACUGAGCUCUGAAUGUGAAGGUUCUCCCCCACGGACACGGAGGAGGACUGAAGGAGGAGGACUGGAGUCUCUACCUGAGAGCCUGUGUUUCUGUAGGCUCGGUCCCGGUCCAGCUGCAGGAUGUCGGACUCUGCCUCCAGUUUCCUCCAUAUCGGGGAUAUCGUGUCUCUGUACGCGGAGGGCUCCGUGAACGGCUUCAUCAGCACGUUGGGGUGAGUCUGCUGCCUGGGUCUUCGUGGUCUCUCUGACUUUAGUCUGCCUUUGUUUAACUUUAUUUAAACUUUAUUUAAACUCCAGAACCACAGUCCGGUCUCAGAGUCCAACACUUUCAGUUUGAACCUGCUCUGGGGAUACGACGGUAGGGGAGACCGGGGAAGGUUGUGACACUGAAAAUCUCCAAUAAGAACCUUUGUUGUAGACCUGAAACCAGAGUCUGUGUGUUUGAGUGUUUGGAUAAAUUCAGUUUAAACAGAAGGAACUAUUACUGAGCAACAGGAGUCAGAGAAAGAGCCAAUAAAUGAUCAAUGAUUAUCAAUACCCAGCAAUAACUGGCAAAAUAUGAUCAAUAAUUAUCUUUAUCCUCGCUGUAGUUGUAGGUGUUGUAGUUCAUUUCGGUGGUGCAGUUGUUGUAAAUGUUGUUGUUAUCGUCAAUGUUGUUGUAGUUGUAGUUUAUGUUAUUGUUGUUGUAGUUGUUGCUGUAGUUCUUAUUAAGCCUGCACGAUAUUGGAAAAAACUAACAGUGCAGUUUUUUAAAACCCUGCAAUAUAUAUUGCGAUAUUAAAAAAUACAGGAAUUUUCACCAGAUGACCUGAAUAGCACUUUAUGUUAUGCUGCACUGCUGAAAUCUUGAGGACAGUUAACCUGGGGCCUGUUCUACGAAGCAAGUUCAAUCUAGCGAGGUAGCCUUGGAGCUACCUCGCUCAACUUAGCGCGGUAGCCUGCGGUCUCGCUACACGGUUUUACGACGCUGGUUAUCAACCUCGUAAGUUGAUCCAGCUUUGCUAUGAGCGCGUGCACGCAUGUAAGGCGGAGCCCGCCGCAUCUGACCAAUCGCGAACAUGGACCAGUCUGGAGCGUCAGAGCAGGCUGGAGAGUCAAGGACUGCGUACUUUACAAACGAGGAGCAGGAGACGAUCAUGAGAAAGUAUGAAGAAUUCAAAUCGAUCACAAACCUCAAAAGCAACACCGUCGCCGCUACAAAAGCACGGAAGGCAGAUAAUUAAUCUUUGAUGCCAUUAUCACCCUGAAAUAGCACUGUUCAACAUGCGCUUUUAACUAAGGUGACCAGACGUCCCCGAUUUCCGGGGACAGUCUCCGAAUUGGAUGAUCUGUCCCCGGCUAAAGCUGUCCCCGAAAAUGUCCCCGAUUUAAGCGUUUCAUGAAUGAGAACAAAAAUGUUGCAUGUGGGCAAGAACAACGGUUGUUACAGUGGGUAGGAAGCACAAGUAAGCAGUCCUGAACAACAGUAUUUACGGGGUUAUAGUACCGAGAUGUUGUCUGUGAUCGCGCAGCCCAUGCCCAUUCAUUUCCAAGAUGAAUUCAUUCAUUUGUUAAUUCCUAUCGUGUUUACAUUUUUUGUGUGAUAUGUAGGCCAUAUGAGCCUUCCAUAAAGGUGGUCAUCCGGAGAAGUAAGUGGGUCCGUGCGGUCCCUGAAAACUCUCGCGAGCCGGAGUGCUCCUCCUCGGACAAUGCGAGCACCGAGGUCUACAGGAUCCUCCGAGAACGGACAAGCCGUUUUUCGAGAGAGCUCAUUGGUCAGUGGGCGGGGUUUUUGUGCUCGGUGAGUUCAAUCUGGAACUUAACCUGCCCCGGAGCAGGUUAGCCGUUCAGCGCAUGUUGCUAUGGAGACUCGCCUCGCUAUGAAGUGAACCCGCGUCGUAGAACAGGAAACCCCGAACUUACCCUCGAAGUUAUCUCGCUAAGCAGUAAUCCUGCUUCGUAGAACAGGCCCCUGCACUGCUCUUACCUCCUUUUAGUGAAUGUUUGUAGAAUGGCUUCUGUCCGUCUCAGAGAUAUUUUUAGCUUUUAUUGUUCUGGGACGUUAUUGUGGAAACAGAUGAACACAGAAGACGUGUUUUAGUCGACAUCAUCCAUCUUUUAACCGAAAUAAUUCCAAAUAACUGACUUUCAUUUUCUUUUUGGCAACAAGUCUUCAUCUUCGGUGGUUUUCUCUGUUUGUUGCUCAGUUUGCGAUCGUUGUUGUUGUUAAUGGGGUUGUGCUGAGAAACGCAUGUCCUCCGAGAAUUGCAUGCACCUCACAAAACGCGCACUGCUUAUAGUAGAGUGGUCCACGGAAAUGUACAAUUUAAAACCCAUACAGUUCUUAUUUGUUGGGCUAAACAGCGAUGAAGAAUGUUCCGAAAGUAAUUCUCAGCCGACACGCGUUUCUCGGCUCAACUCCGGUAGCGUUAGCAACUCCCUCCAUGUGCAGGACAUGUGCAGGGGUGGGUUUCAUCCUCUCCGAUUUUGAUUGACAGCUGGCAGAGGAGUCUGAUUGGCUACUGAGAAGUGAGUCUGAUUGGCAACUGAGUAAAGAACGACGGUGAUUGGUGGAUCGCUGCAAAGCACAUGCAGAGUCACAUGCAGUGUAUCUCAGACAGUUAUCCUUGAAAUUAACUGAGUUCAUUCACCUCCAACAUCGCAGGCUCUGCGAUGUGACUAUCGCACACAUGUACAUCGCGAUGACGAUAGUCAAACGAUAUAUCGUGCAGGCCUAGUUCUUAUCAUUGUUUUUGUUGAUUUCAUUGUCCUUGUUGUAGUUGUUGUUGUUGUCAGUAUUGUAGUUGUUAUCAUUGUUAUUGUUGAUGUCAUGGUCGUUGUUGUUGUCAUUGUUGUUGUGGUCGUAGUUGUUAUCAUCAAUGUUGUUGUAGUUGUUGUUUUCGUAGUUGUUAUCAUCAAUGUUGUAGUUGUAGUUGUUUUUGUCGUAGUUGUUAUCAUCAAUAUUGUUGCUGUUGUUGUUGUCGUAGUUGUUGUUGUUGUCGUAGUUGUUAUCAUCAAUGUUGCUGUAGUUGUUGUUCAUGUUGUUGUCAUUGUUGUUGUUGUCGUAGUUGUUAUCAUCAAUGUUGCUGUAGUUGGUGUUGUAGUUGUUGUUGUCGUAGUUGUUAUCAUCAAUGUUGUUGUUAUCGUUGUAGUAGUUGUUGCUGUUGUUGUUUUCGUAGUUGUUGUAGUUGUUGUUGUCAUUGUUGUAGUUAUUGUUGGCAGUGUUGUGUUGUCAUAGUUGUUUUUGUAGUAGUUGUUGUAGCUGUAGUUAUUGUAGUAGUUGUAGUUCUCUCAGUCAGCCAUUUAAUGCAGACCCCUGAGCCUCAAAAUGUGUCGAGGUUUAGGUUUUAAAAACUGGACACAGUGAGGACAGACGGACGGACAGACAGAUGGAUAGACAGACAGACAGACAGACAGACAGACAGACAGACGAACAGACAGACAGACGGACAAGCAGACAGACGAUCUCAAGAGACCUAAUCUCUACUCCGUUCCAGUCUGUAAACCUCUUAGUUCCUGCUCUGUAAACCCAAAUUUAACAUGAUUGUUAAUGGAGUUGUCUCAGAUUCUGGAAUCAGCCUCUCGUGGAGGAACUGCAGUUUUUGUUUCUGUACUUAAUUCCUGACUUUGUUGCUCCAAAACAGUUUUCCAUAAAAAAGCAGAUUUUUCUGUUGACUGUUAUUGACCCCCCCCCCCCUCCUUGUUAAACAAACAGGGACAACAUCUCUGAGCUUCAAUUAAAGGACCAGGAACCGGUUUGUGUUUGCACCUCAUUAAAAUAUCUGGAUGGACCGUUUGCUCCAGAACCUUCUCCCUACCAGAGGCCUGUACUACAAAGCUGGAUUAACACAUCCAGGGUAACUCUGCGACAACUCGCUCAACUUCACCGGAUCUACGCGAUCCCGAUCAGCUGUACUACGAAGCCGGUUGUCAACUCGAUAACUGAAUCCAGGUGUGGCCACUUCAGAUCUGUGAGCGCACACGUAAAGGGGGUGGGGUCAGUGCCACCGGACCAAUCUCCACAAUGGAGAUACCUGCACGUCGUUUUUCACAGCCGAGGAACAGAGCAUUAUUUUACGCAAAUACGAGGAGUACUGCAACAUUAUAACAGUGAGGAGCAGGACAGCCACAGCCGCUAAAAGCCGGAGGGACUGCUGGCAAAAAAAUCACCGGUUGUUUAAAUUACAUUUGUGCGUUCAUAAAUUUAUGGCCCCCUAAUAUGUUGUCAUGCAGCGUGUGUGAUCACCACCAUCAAUGACCUCAUUAUUUCAGAUACAACAGCAGUGGGGAAAAGAGUACGUGGGAGCAAAUAAAAAUAAAUCUAAAAACAUCCUUUAAAGUAGUUUGUAAGUUUAUUGGAAGAUUUUAUUUGUACAUAUUUCAACGCGUAAACAGUGAUUUCCUCACACUGCCUUUUUUUCUUUUUUCUCCAUCAUCGGAUGGUCACAUGUCAUCUGCAGACACAUUUGGGGUUAAGAGUUUUCUAAUCUGUUUCAAUACAUUCUGAAUGAUGACUGAUAUGCUGCAUGAAAUUGGAACCUGGAGCUUGGCAAAUAUUAGUGCAUUGCUUAGAUUUCAUGCUACCUAAAGAUUGAGGCCGUCCAAGGAAAACCUGUAAUGUUCAUAGAGAACGUCAUCAGGUAAAUCAAACGGAUUUGAACGAUCAUGAAUAUAACGCAAAGCGCUCCUCUCACUAUCUGUGCAACGAUGUCCCCGGGAUCCGGCAAAAGUGGGCAAGCCAUUUUCCAAGAGAUCCGAUUGGUCAGUGGGCGGUCUUUUAUACCUGCUGAGAUCUCAUCUUGGAACAUAGCCUGCUCCGGAGCAGGUUUGGCGUUUCGCGUAAGUUACCGGGGCAAUGGACCUGGAUAAAAAGAAAUCCACCUUCGUAGGACGGAAAACCCAGAAGUUAUCCAGAAGUUAUCUCGCUAAGACCAAAUCCAGCUUCGUAGUACAGGUCUCUGCUGUCUUAGAUGGAAAACCUCAGCAGGACUUCAGGUCCACUUUAGGUUCUGAUACUUCAGGUCCACCUUAGGUUCUGGUAUCUCCACAAAGACGUCCAUCUGAUCCUGGUCUGAGAGGAUGGUUCUGUUUGAGUUUAGUCUCCUGGUCUUUGGACCCUGCCGGCCUGUGCUGGUUCUCUCAGAGUUCAUCUGUUCAUGGAGAUCUGUAAUCCAAGUUCAUGUGUUCACACUAGAGCAUGACACGGGAGCAGAUUUUCACUCCUGUCCCGUCCCACUCCCAGAGAAAAAAUCCCGUCCCGUCCCAAUCCCGGACUGGAGUAAAAAAAUUAAUCCCGUCCUGUCCCACUCCCGUAGAAUGACUCCCACUCCCAUCCUGCUCCCACUCAAAAUUACUCCCACUCCUGUCCCGCUCCCGUUUGAAUAAAACGAAACAUGUUGAAAAAAUGUUGCAUUUUUUUUAUAUUAGGUAAAAGUGCAGUGCAUAUAAAAGGCAUUGCCCUUAAGUUUCACAUGCCUGACAUUCGGUCGGUGUAAACAAAGUGCAUAUAAUGGCAUUUCUAGACUAAAUUACUCCCCGGGCGAGGGGACUAAUACUAAAACCUGACCUUUCUUGCCUUCCUUGAUGCAAAAUCAUCAAUAAUCUCCUCAGCACUAACCCAUUAUGACCUGAACCCUGUCUGAGCCAUGCCUCUGAAAUCCUGAGGGCAAUUUUGAGAAGGGCCCCCAGAUCCUGAGGUUUACUUAACUGUUGAGGUUUACUAAAAAGCUGAUAUCUCAGCCUCUGUCACAGGUAGAAACAGGAUUCAAAAAGUAUUUGAGAGCUUUCAAGAAAGCUAUUUAUUAUUUUUCGGAACCUUCAUCACAUUAUUGAAAAACCUUAAACAAACAAACUUAAAUGAAAUAAAGCCGCUGUAUAAAUAAAAGUAAAGACUCUGCACUGGAAAAUGAAAAACUAUUUGCUUUCUGUAAAACAAGUGGCAGUCAUGAUAAAGUGUCCAUUCAACACAAAUGUUAAUAUAAAAAAUAAAUUGUUGAAAGGGUAUGCAGCCGCCCUAGUACAGUGCCAGUACAAGACCAGCACUUAAAACUAGAAAAAUGAAUAAAUAAAUGUCUGACAGUGUGUUCAUGUCUGUGCUCACCCACAGUCAUGAAACAGGUUGUUCACACUGCUGGAUGUUUCUCCUACAAAGCUGCUCUCUGCCUCCGUCAUUGUUUACUUUACUCUUGAAGCACGUAGCAAGAUCUGAGCAUGAAUCCGAGCGCUUUAUUCGCCUAUCAGAGGCAGACAGGUAUGGUGAUUUGAUUCGCCACGACUCCAGAAAUGAUUAAAAAACUACAGAAUGUCACAAAAUGACGUAUCCGCGCUCCCGGCUUGAAGGGUAGAAAUGCGCAGCCGCGCUCCCGGCUUGGAGGGCUAAUAUGCGUACAUACUGUCCCGGUCUAAAUGGGUUAAGUGAUUGAUGCUGAUGACGGCAAGGCCAGUGAGCCGUUCCUGAGACAUGGUUGACCUUUGGUACGAUUUCAUCAACUUCAGUUUUGAGAAGCUCCUCUCUGCUUGAGCCACCGUGACUGGCAGAGUGAGAGCAAUCCUGAGAGCAGAGCUGCCUCCGCGACCCUCUCCCCGUUUCGUCUCAUACAGUCUGUCAGCCACUGUGCGGCACCUUCGCAGCAAGCAGGGGCGCCUACAGUAGCAGGGAGCGCCAAUUUGACAAGAGUUAAUACAAAACCGCAAAAAUGCCGCCCCGGGCCAGGUUCACCCAUGCUUAGAACCGCUACUGUAUAUGUAUAUGUUCUUGUUGAGGUAACAUGGGAGUGUGCUUCGCCGGCAGCUGCUCCAAGUCGCUUUUCACUUCCGGUGGUGACAGGAAGUCAAACCACUGUUGUAGUUCUUUUGUGUUGCUGGCACGGUCAAGAGAGUUGGCUCUCACUGAGAGAUGACUACAAAAAUGGACGCAUCUGUUCAUCUGGUUGUUUAACACGGCUGAAAAUGAUCAUCUAUUAAUGUUGAUCCCGCUCCUGCCCGCUCCUGUUGCUUUUUUUUCCCGUCCCGUCCCAGUCACGGGAUUGUUUAAAAAAUGACUCCCAUCCUGUGGGAUUCCCGGGGGAAUCACGUGACCCACGGGAAUUCCCGAAAAAUGUCAUCCUCUAGUUCACACUCAGGUUCUGAUUGUGGGUCCAGACUCACAGACGCCCCCUUCAGGUCUCCUCUGGAUCAGAACUUUAGUUCCUCUUCUCUGAGUCGGUUUUUCUGACAUCUUGUUGCUGCGACAGGAAACAGAAGUCACACCUGUGACCUGCUGAGGGUCUGUGAACUGUGAUGGAGGAGAAUCCGGGUCAACCACAACCAGGACUGUGGAGUCAGACAGAGUGAUCACAUGAUCAGAGAGGAGGAGCUUCAACUGAAGGUCACAGAACUGAUUCCUUUAUGAACGUAUGUCUGCGUCUGUUAAAGCAGGUGCUCAGAUAUCACGCUGUCUCUCUGACCUUUGACCUUUCACAAACACGUCAGGAGGCGUUUUAAUUUUACAUUGACCUUCACAGCUCUGUCUGAGGGGUUCUGGUUCUGACACGCCUUCCUGCAGCUGGUCUUUGCUGCCCCGGUCCAAGUCUGACCUCCAGUCUGUGGAACAGAACCAGAACCUGAGAGAGAGACCAUAACUGUAAGAACUUUUGUUUUUGACGUUUUAAAGGAUGAAAACGGCAGAAAAGAAAAGACGGAAACGUAAGACGUUCAAAGACUUUAUGACUUUAUGAGGGCCUCCAACCUUUACACCACACACACACACACACACACACACACACACACACACACACACACACACACACACACACACACAAACUGGCACAGUGGAAAUCUCUCCUGGACACACUCAGUACCACUUCCCUUUCCUGCCAUACAAACACACACUCAGCUGCUACUGUGUGUGUGUGUGUGUGUGUGUGUGUGUGUGUGUGUGUGUGUGUUUCCUGUGGUCUAACCCCCCCCGUCUGACUGGAUCUUGACCUUUUCAGUGUCUCUGCGCCCUGGAGUUUGACUUUCACUAACGCAGUAACAACAGGAAGUGUUUUUUAGUCGUGUUAGCCCCGUAUGCUAGCAGCCUUGUACGCUAACAGCUGACUGACGGGGUCCUGGUUCAGUCCAGCUGGUGGAGCCACAGUCUUAGUAUCUCUGGCUUUGGUGAUCUUAGAUGUCCGCUGUUACCAUCAGGUCCUGGAUCAGUCCUCCAGGACUUGUCUAAAUGUCUGCAUCAUAGAGUGGUCCAUGGAAAUGUACAAUUUAAACCCAUACAGUUCUUAUUUGUUGGACUUAACAGUGAUGAAGAAUGUUCCGAAAGUAAUUCUCGGCGUUUCUCAGUAUCGACUCACUCCAUGUGCAGGUGCCUGGUUUCCUCCUCUCUGAUUUUGAUUGACCGCUGGCAGGGUAGUCUGAUUGUUAACUAAGUAAAGAACGAAUGUGAUUGGUGGAUUGCUGCACAGCACAUGCAGAGUCACAUGCAGUGUAUGUCAGUCAGCUACCCUUGAAAUUAGAGGAGUUCAUUCUCCUCCGACAUCGCAGGAUCUGACAUGUAACUAUUACACACACGUACAUCGCCAUGACAAUGAUCAAACAAUAUCAAACAAACAAUAUAUGAUGCAGCCUUACAUAUCAGACAUCAGGUAGGGAGAGCUGUCAAUCACAGAGGAGAGUCAAUAAUCCGGUUCUCUCUGGAUCAGCUGAACGUGUCGUCCUCCACCUGUCUGAUCAAACAAGACUAAACUGACCCACCUGAGAGACCUGUAGGAACACCUGAGCUUCCUUUCUCCUCCUCUCUCCUCUCUCCUUUCCUCCUCUUUCUCCCCCUCUCUCCUCUCUCCUCUCUCCUUUCCUCCUCUUUCUCCUCUAUCCUCCUGCUCCUCACUUUUAUCUUCCCUCUUCGUCUCUGAUCUGUUUGUUUCUUUGUCGCUAACUUUAAUCUCACGGACAGCUAUUCCAGCUUAGCUUGCUGUGAUGUGCGAUUGCUACAUGUGCUCUCACUGAGCAUGCUCAGUUUAAGUUUGAUCAUAUGAAUGAGUGAAUAUGAGUGGGUUAGACUUAGAGACUUAGACUUUAUUCAUCCCUUGGGAUGACUCCCGAAGGAAAUUCGGGUAAAAAAAUUUAUUAUCCCUGCUGAACUAUAAAGCCAGGUCCCUGCAAAGGGUUUAACAUCUGGAGAUAAAGCUAGAGCGGGAGGAGGAGAAGGUGCAGAUUCAUGGUCAUGUUCCUGCAGCAAGUUCAGGGGUCCCCAAACUUUUGUCCUUCAGAGAACCCCCCCCCCCCCACACACACACACACACAUACACGCACACGCUCUCUCAGCUGUUUGCUCAUGGUUGUUUUUAUUGGGAGUUUACUGACAGUGCAAAAGUGAUAGAGACUUUGAAUAGGAAGUCCCUGAGACAGGGCAAGCGAGAGAGAGACGGGGUGAGCGAGAGAGCAAAAGUGAGGAGGAGAAAGAGAGAGAGGGAGAGAGGGAGUGAGAGAGAGAGAGGGAGAGGGAGAGGGAGAGAAAGCGAGAGAGAGAGAGGUAGAUGAGUGGAUGAAUCAGCUGAUUUCCCUACAGUCAAAUUCUGUUUCACAAACACUAACAGGACUAAGCAGAUCCACAAACUGGAGGAGGAUCCACCUGUCCCUUGACUUUAACCUGCCAUCAGCUGACUGAGGGUCCACACUUGUCCGGGGGUAGGUCCGGUCCUACAGAACCCCCGGAAGUGUUAGCUUAACCUUGUCCCACCUGCAGCCUGGGUCGUGUGACUUUAGUUUCAGCUCUUUCACCCAGAGAGAGGACCCGAGUCAAAGACUUGGACUAGAGUAACCCUUACAGAUUAAGACCUGAGACCUGAUUCUGACUCGUAGUGAAAGACUUGGGACUUGUGACUAAAGAUUUGAAAAUUGACCUAAACUUGACCCCUCAGAGAUUUGAGACUUGACUGUAACUUGGACUUGUGGAUACUGACGUGAACUUGUCCUUUAGUGACCUGAGAUUUGACGUGGACUUGUUGAGACUUGAAAAAGUGACUCUCCAUGACUCUGCUGUUAAAUUAGGAGGGUUCUUCAAUAACUCUCCAGGACAGAUCAGGAUUUUCCUGGACUUUUGUACAAGAGUCUUCAUCUCCAGAUCUUUGGAGGGAAAGUUGUAUAACCCCCAAUUUCCACCACAUGCUGAACUUCUAUGAAAAGGUCGUAUCCUCCGAUCGUAGCUGAUCGUAACCAUUCAAGUUAACGUGUCAAUUUCCAUCGGCUUCUUUCCGUUCCUCUGUGGAUCGCCGGACUCCACAGCUGAUCUCAAGAGUUUUUUUCCGGGCGCUGGAGCAUGGAUAAAUUCUGCACAGGUUAACCCGUGCUGGAAAGGAAGUCGGGCACAGACACAAAAUAAAACAUCCGGCUUCUUUUCAAAAUAAAACACUCUGUGUUUCAGGAGGAUCGUAUUUCACACCAUGCAAACGGGCGGAGAUGAACAAGUGAAAGGUUUUUAGACGUAAUUUCACCCCGAUGACACCAUGGAUGAGGAGAUGCUGAUUCUAGAAGUCUAGAAGUAGAUUCCCUCCUCUGGAAGGACACAAUCUACUGCUUAUAUGUCUAUGUGUCUGUCUUUAUAAAGACAACUCGUUAUCGUGCGAUUGAACGUGAAUCUGCAGGUUGUUGCGAUUACUGCUGUCCUCUUUUUUUCUUUUUGGGGGGAGGGCCUUAGAGUCUCUGUCUGUAAACCCCACACACACACACACACACACACACACACACACACACACACACACACACACACACACACACACACACACACACACACACACACACAGAUGUUCCUGAUGUCUGAACUGUGAGUCAGAUUGAAACGACAGAAACAGGUCAGAGCGCUCAACACCUCAGUCACAUACCUGAGCCUGUGAGUGACAGCUCUGUGAAUGGAGCAAUCAACACACACACACACACACACACACACCUGGGACACACCUGGCAGGCAAACAAAAGAAGUGAUUGGCUGUUGUGGUUUUUAGUGACAGCUGACUCUGUGGGCGGUCAGAGACGAACAGCAGGAGGAAAGACUGAGAGACGGCAAGCGAGUUUAUCACCACUGAGUCCAGGUUUAGUUUGUGGAGUUCAGAAGAGUCAGUGAACCUGAACCUGCUGAGAACAGGGGCCUAGUCUACGAAGCAGGAUUACUGCUUAGCGAGGUAACUUCAAGGGUAAGUUCGGGGUUUCCUGUUCUACAAAGCGGGUUCACUUCUUAGCGAGGCGAGUCUCCAUGGCAACGUACGCUGAACAGGGAACCUGCUCCGGGACAAGGUUAGGUUCCAGAUUGAACUCACCAAGUAUAAAAACCCCUCCCACUGACCAAUGAGCUCUCUUGAAAAAUAGCUUGUCCGUUCUUGGAGGAUCCUAUAGACCUCGGUGCUCGUAUUGUCCAAGGAGCGCGAGAGUUUUCAGGGACCACAUAGACCCACUUACUUUUCCGGAAGACUACCUUUAUGAAAGGCUCAUAUAGCCGACAUAUCACACAAAAAAUGAUUUUUUGCGUACUAUAUUUACACAUUGAAACUGUCUGCAAUUAUCUGCCAGCAUUCCUUCCGUGCUCUUGCCGCGGCAACGGUGUUGCUUUUGAGGUUUAUGAUAGAUUUGAAUUCUUCAUACUUUGUCAUGAUCGUCUCCUGCUCCUCGUUUGUAAAGUCUGCAGUCCUUAGCUCUGGUCCAUGUUCGCGAUUGGUCAGAUGUGGUGGGCUCUGCCUUACAUGCGUGCACGCGCUCAUAGCAAAGCUGGAUCCACUUAUGAGGUUGAUAACCAGUGUCGUAAGACCGUUUAGUGAGACCGCUGGCUACCGCGCUAAGUUGAGCGAGCUAGCUCCAAGGCUACCUCGCUAGCCUUGGAGCUGCAAACGAGGUAGCUCCAAGGCUAGCUUGCUAGAUUGAACUUGCUUCGUAGAAUAGGCCCUUGGACUUUGUGGUUAAAUUCGGAGUUUAAUUUCAGUCUCUGUGUCCAGCAUGUAGAGGCGGAGGAAGAGUUCAUGGUUAUAAAUACAGCUAACAUGAUUGAAAUGUAUUAAAAAGAUCAAUCAUUUCAAUCAGAAGUUCAAACGGUGGUUAAAAAUGUUAAAACUAUAUUAGAGUUCCAGUUUUCCUGUGAUUUGGUCAAUGUUGAUAAAAAACUGUAGAUGUGUGUGAGAUGUUUUUGUUGAUCUGGAAUCAGUCAGUGUUUGGUUAGUUACAGAAAAAAAAAUGUUUUCUUACCUGCUCCUGUAAGAUUAGUAGCAACAGGUGUGUUAACCUGCUACUUCCUUUGUUAUUUUUUGGAAUAAAACUUUUGGUCAUAAUAAAUAAAACUGAAGAUUAUUUAUAUUUUUUCUUCAACACGAAUGUUUUCCAGAGUGGAUUUUUUUUUCUUUUUUUAAAAGCUGCGGACUCUGUCGAAAUAACUAACUGAUAUCUGAGUAAACAUCGAUCCAAACCUCCAACCAGCAGCUGUUCCUCUGAACUGAAAGGGGGGGGGGGGGUCACAGGAGGUCUGAGUCAGGGGGGCUCUGACCCACAUUCAGGUUUUUUUUAAAGCUCUCUGUGGGGGGGUUAGACUCAGAACCAGAACCUGACUGUGUGACCCAAAAUUCAGAAAAAGAAGAAAUUAUGUUUAUGAAGUCCAGGGAGCUGCAGCGUCCAAUCAGUGAACAUUAUUUGAUGUAGGGGCGUGUCUGUAAAGAGUGGAAAGCGUGUGUUCUCUCUGUCUUUGCUCACCCACUCUCUCUCCCUCUGGAGAGCUGCAUUAAGGUUUUGGAAGACCACCUAGUAAGGAGGGUCUGUGAAAACCUUUUUGGUGAUCCUGGUUUUCCUGGUCUCAAUAACUGAUCAGACUUGAUGGAGUCCUCCUCCUCAUCUUCCCCUUCCUCCUCUCUAUCCUCCUCCUCCUCUUCCUGCUCCUCCUCUCCUCUCUCCUCUCUCUCCUCCUCCCACUCCUCCUUCUCCUCCUCUUCCUUCUACUCCCCCCCUCCUCUUCCUCCCUCCCCCCUCCUCCCCUUCCUUCUUCUCCUCCAUCUCUCCUCCUCCUCCUCCUCCUCUCUUCUUUCCUCCUCCUCCCCUGUCCUCCUCCUUCUCCUCUCCUCCUCCUCUCCUCUUUCUCCUCCCUUUUCCUCUCUCCUCUCCCCCCCCCCUCCCCUUCCUUCUUUUCCUCCAUCUCUUCUCCUCCUCUCCCCAUCUCCUCCUCUCUCCUCUUCUUCCUCCUCUCCUCCUCCUCCUUCUCCCACUCCUCCUCCUCUCUUCCUCCCCCUCCCCCUUCUCCCCCAACUCCUCCUCAUCCUCUGCCACCUCCUCCUCUUCUUCCUUCUCUUCUUCCUCCUCCUCCUCCUCCUCCCACUCCUCCUUCUCCUCCUCUUCCUUCUACUCCCCCCCUCCUCUUCCUCCCUCCCCCCUCCUCCCCUUCCUUCUUCUCCUCCAUCUCUCCUCCUCCUCCUCCUCCUCUCUUCUUUCCUCCUCCUCCCCUGUCCUCCUCCUUCUCCUCUCCUCCUCCUCUCCUCCUCCUCUCCUCUUUCUCCUCCCUUUUCCUCUCUCCUCUUCCCCCCCUCCUCCCCUUCCUCCUUUUCUCCAUCUCUUCUCCUCCUCUCCCCAUCUCCUCCUCUCUCCUCUUCUUCCUCCUCCUCCUCCUCCUCUCUUCCUCCCCCUCCCCCUUCUCCCCCAACUCCUCCUCAUCCUCUGCCACCUCCUCCUCCUCCUCCUCCUUUUCCUCACCCUCCUCUUCUUCCUCCUCCUCCUUUUCCUCUGGGUGCAAAGAUUUAGUCAGUCACAUGAUCACAGCUGAUCAGUUCAGACUCCUGAUUUGUUUGCAGGUCCUGGUUUUGGUUUGUUUUGGAUCCAGACUGAACCAGAAUGUAAAUCUGUGAGUCCAGCUGAUCAGAGAGUUUUUGCAUAAGUCAAAUCAGAUGGAAACCAGAGUUUGUACGCCACCGUGACCCCGCCCUGCACAGAGGAGCUGAGUGCUUUCUCCUCCUUAUCUUCUUGUUCCUGCAGUGAGGAGGCCAUCUGCAGGCUCACCUGUUCAUACCUGUUCAUACCUGUUCGUCCAUGAUGAGAGAGUGAAUGUUUCUGUGUUUGGGGACACAGUGACGGCUGGAUUUGGCUUGUUUCCAAAGUUAACUCAAACUGUCAGAAUUCAUAUUUUCAGGACUUGUUUCUUCCAACUCUGUCUCCUGGCCAAAGUCAAAAUCUUAUUAAGACAUCACAACCUUGAGAUCACCAUCCAUGCUCUAAUAAGUUCAAGAUUUGACUAUUAUAAUUCACUUUAUCUCGGCAUCUCCCAAUCAUCUCUUAGUCGCCUUCAACUUGUCCAAAAUGCUGCUGCCCAUCUUUUAACCAACACUAACAGACGUGAGCACAUCACUCCUGUCCUUAACUCCCUCCAUCGUCUUCCCAUCUCUUUUAGGAUUGGUUUUAAACUUUAAAUGUUUGUUUUUACAGCUCUAAACGACCUCGUCCCCAUCUAUUUGACUAGGAGCCGGGUAGAGCUCUGAGGUUGUCAAACCAACUUCUGCUGGAGGUAUCCAGGUCAAAACACAAACACUGGGGUGACCGAGACAUUUCAGUCGCUGGUCCCAGGUGCUGGAAUUAACUCCCCACCGAAAUGGGACUCAUUUCUGACCUGGGCCUUUUUAAAUCUAGAUAAAAAACAUAUUUAUUUACGCUGGAUUAUUAUACACAGUACUGCAGUGACACUUUAUAUUAUUUGAUGGUAUUCAAUUCUUUUUCUUUUUAUUGCUUUUAUUAUUUUUAUUUAUUCAAAUUUAUGAUGUAUUGUAAAGCACUUUGGGUUGUUGUAAAGAGCUGUAUAAAUAAACAGAAUCACAGAUACUAAAUUUCAAGGAGGGGGUCUAUGUUAACCAGUCCGAUCCUGGUUUUCAGAACAAACUGUAGACCUUCUCAGACUCAGACUCCGCGCCUCUUUUCUCCAGACUCUGCCCCCCCCCCAUUCAGACCACUUUCAGACCCUCUUUCCCUGAGACCACGCCCCUCUUUUCUUCAGACCCCGCCCCUCUUUUCUUCAUACUACGCCCCUCCUCUCUUCUCCAUCUUCUCAUUGGUCUCUCCUCUGAUGUUUCUUCUUCCUCUUCUGUGUUUUUUCUCUGCAGGUUGGUGGAUGACCGAUGUGUGGUGGAGCCAGCUGCUGGAGAUCUGGAGAACCCCCCAAAGAAGUUCAGAGGUAGGACCAGAGUCUGUAUGUUUCUGUACACUCGUUUAGUCCAGGGGUGCUGCUAGGGAUUCUGGGCCCCAUGAAAAGAAUUCUUAACACAGAAGACCAAUUUUUUGAACAUAAAACUGUAUUUUUAUGUUUCUGUACACUCGUUUAGUCCAUCCUCCACAUCUGAAUUCCUCUCAACAUCUUUGGUCUCCUCACUCUCUGUUGCCUGUUUCUGUGCUCUCACUUUCAUCUGGACCCUCUUCCAUCUCUUCCUCCACAUUCCUCCCUGACAAACCUGAAGACAGUCUUGGACCUGACUCUGCAGAGUCUAGGGGACAUAAAUAAAUUAUAUAAUAUUUCCUAUAAUAAAACUAUUUGUACACAAACACAAGCGUUCCCCCUCUGAACAUGUAAACUUCUCUUAUUGGAUUGAGAGCGGUCACCCCAGUCUGCUGCACAUACAACAUGUUUAUUCUUCUGUUCCUGUUGCACAUAUUCUAUUUCAAUAGUAGCUGAAUUAAAACAAAAUAAAAACAGUUUUGCAUUUGAAACCAUUAAAAUUGUUCAGAAUUAUUUUAUUAUUUUCCUUAAUAACAGAUUCAUCUUUGAGUGUAUUGUUUUAAAACUGUGAUAAAGUUUAUCAUUAUGAUUAAUCCAACACACAUACAGCUGCUCACCCCUUUCUUAUGCAGGGGCUCUGGGGCUGCUGGAGUUAGGGACUGACAGACAGACAGACAGACAGCUGCUUCUGUUCAGAAGGAGGUCUCGUUUUGACAGAAGGGAGGUCAGCUGAUUAAAUAUAACCAGCGAGCUAAACUUAAUAUUUGUGUAUAACUAAACACACAUAUUAUUUUAUUGAGCCAUUAAAUUUUAAAAAACAAAUAAACUUACUGUAAUCAGGACUCUGUUUAUAAAAUAUUUGUGAUUAAAUUUUCAUUAUAACUUAGAGUCAUGUUAUUUUUUUUAGUAAAGCUUCAUUAGGAGCCUCUCUGGGCCCUCUCAAUCAUGGGCCCCUAGAAUCCUUCUCCUUUUCCCCCCAUUAUAAGCGCCCCAGUCUGUGUGUGUGUCUGUGUAUGUAUCAGUGUGUGUGUAUCUUUGUCAGUGUCUGUGUCUGUAUCUGUAUCAGUGUCUGUGUCUGAAUCUUUGUCAGUGUCUGUAUCUGUGUCAGUGUCUGUAUCUUUGUCUGUGUGUGUGUCUGUAUCUGUGUGUGUGUCUGUAUCUUUGUCAGUGUCUGCAUGUGUGUCUGUGUCUGUAUGUGUGUCAGUCUGUGUCUGUAUCUCUAUCUGUAUCUGUGUCUGUAUCUGUAUCUGUGUCUGUGUCUGUAUCUGUAUCAGUGUCUGUGUCUGAAUCUUUGUCAGUGUCAGUGUCUGUAUCUGUGUCAGUGUCUGUAUCUUUGUCUGUGUGUGUGUCUGUAUCUGUGUCUGUGUCUGUAUCUGUAUCAGUGUCUGUGUCUGAAUCUUUGUCAGUGUCAGUGUCUGUAUCUGUGUCAGUGUCUGUAUCUUUGUCUGUGUGUGUGUCUGUAUCUGUGUGUGUGUCUGUAUCUUUGUCAGUGUCUGCAUGUGUGUCUGUGUCUGUAUGUGUGUCAGUCUGUGUCUGUAUCUCUAUCUGUAUCUGUGUCUGUAUCUGUAUCUGUGUCUGUGUCUGUAUCUGUAUCAGUGUCUGUGUCUGAGUCAGUGUCAGUGUCUGUAUCUGUGUCAGUGUCUGUAUCUUUGUCUGUGUGUGUGUCUGUAUCUGUAUCUGUGUCUGUAUCUGUAUCAGUGUCUGUGUCUGAAUCUUUGUUAGUGUCAGUGUCUGUAUCUGUGUCAGUGUCUGUAUCUUUGUCAGUGUCUGUAUGUGUGUCUGUGUCUGUAUGUGUGUCAGUCUGUGUCUGUAUCUCUAUCUGUAUCUGUGUCUGUAUCUGUAUCUGUGUCUGUGUCAGUCUGUGUCUGUAUCUGUAUCUCUGUCUGUAUCUCUAUCUGUGUCUGUAUCUGUGCCAGUCUUUGUCUGUAUCUCUAUCUGUAUCUGUGUCUGUAUCUCUGUUUGUAACUUUGUCAGUAACUCUAUCUGUAUCUCUGUCUGUAUCUUUUUCAGUAACUCUAUCUGUAUCUCUAUCUGUAUCUGUGUCUGUAUCUGUAUCUGUGUCAGUAUCCGUGUCAGUAUCUGUAUCUGUGUCAGUAUCUGGAUCAGUCUAUAUGUGUCUCUGUGUGUGUGUUUGUGUGUAUAUGUGCCCGUAUCUGUAUCUGUGUUUGUGUCAGUGUGUAUGUUUGUGUCAGUAUCUGUGUCUGUAUCUGUGUCAGUGUCUGUAUCUGUGUCAGUAUCUGUGUCUGUGUGUCAGUAGUGGUUCAGGUGGGUCCCUUUCACCUGCUGCCUCACUGUCACACCCUCACCUGGGGCCUCUUCUCCUGGUCCCUGCAGGUCUGUGUCUGUAUCUGUGUCAGUGUUUGCGUCAGUAGCGGUUCACCUGCCUUACUCUCACAUCCUCACCUGGGGCCUCUUCUCCUGGUCCAUGCAGGUCUGUGUGAGUUUAGCCUUGGUUUAACAGUGUGAACAUCAAGGAUUACAUAGUUCUACAUUAGAACUGGUUUUAGUGGUGGAACCGGUUUGUACGGAGGUUUUAAUGAUUUAAAGAGCUGCAGGAGCAGACUGAGUCUUUACUGUGAGACUGAGAGUCCUGAUCCGGUCUCUCAGAACACGUUCAGACCUGCAGUGAAGUGGUCCAUCCCUCUGUGACGGUGGUCCAGGGGACGAGGAUACACACACACAUAAGCACACAUAAACACACAUAAGCACACAUAAACACAUUCAUGCUGCACCAUCUGUCAUCAGAGCAUUGGAGACCUGAUCCACUUCAGAACUAGAUCACUGACUGACUGACAGACUUAAAUCCAGCGACCACCCAUCGGGUCAUUGGGUGCCAGAUGACGGCUCCACCCCUUUUCCCUAACCCACUUUGAGAGGUGACAGAUAUCAAAUGUGGAGCAGACUCUUCUCACAGGAGAGGACUGCAGUGGCUUUGAAGUAUCCAAACCAAACUCUAUUCAAAAAACAAGCGAUUUAAGGGUGUGGGAUCUUCAGUGUCUGUGAAGAUGCUGAACCACAGAACUGAGACUUGAGGAGCUGGUCGACGGUGUUUGUCUGAGAAGUCCUGGUCCUCAUCCGAACAGGUCUGGUGAACCACACCUCCACUUCCUCGUAAACAGCUCAUCAUCUGUGACAAGUUUAUUCUGCUCAUAUUUGUCCUUUAACAACACACUGAAUGAAAAUGUCGUUCUCUUCAUGAUCUGAGGUUGUUAGAAGCCGACGGUGGAGUGAUUACAGACAAACGGACGGACAGAUGGAUCAUGUUGACAGACUGUAAAACUCUCCAUGUUUGUGAAUGCACAGGGCUGUCUUAGAGUCAAUAUUGACUCUCUCUCUGUUUCUCUUUCACCCUUUUGUUUGUUUUCUGAAUUUCUGCCUCUUCGCUGUGAAUGAUGGCGUUUGCUCAUAGAGGAAGAGUUUUGAACUUUGUCUUCACUCUGUGUGGAUGACUUUGGACGGCCUGUGUGGACACUGCUGCUGUCUUUAGCUUUGGCUAAGGCCAUCACUAUUCUUCCUGGAGUCUACAUUUACACUUGGCUCUCCAUCACAAUGCAAAGACACAAAGAAACAUCACACUACAAACACAAAGACAAUGUCAAUAUUAUCAGUUAUCCAAUUAACCACUAUUUGAAGUUCCUGGUUUAAGUUCAUCUGUUGUGGUUUUAGCUAUGUCUAUUGUUGAAUCAUCUGCAUACAUUGAAAUUUUUGCAUCCUUUAGAGUCAGUGGUAUGUCCUUAGUGAAUAUUGAUGCCACAGUCAGUUACUUUUGCGUCAGACAGUUAACAAGUUGGAAAACUUAGAUGGACGCCUACAGUUACCCAUUGUCAGCUGUUGUUAGUUGUUGUUGUUUCAGCGCAAAAUAAACCAGGAUACUUGUAUUUGUAUUUGUAUUUGUAAGAAUUCUUGUGAGGUUGUCCUGUCACAGCAGAUUUUUAGUUUGUCUCACCAAUCAUUCAAAAUGUCUGCUAAAUUACUAAUUGAUAAAUUUUGUAUAGAGACAACGGGAACAUGUGUGAAGUUUGAGAUUGCUGAACGCUGUGACUCCUUUAAUGGGUUCUAUUUGUAGUUUUACUGUCCUACCACGAGGUUUUGUGUGUACGCAUGGUCAGAGUUGUGCUUAAAUUUACGCACGUUCCUAAGCACAAGUACAGGUUGAUAAAUUCCAGACUUUGCGCAGGAAUGUUCGUACGCACUCUUUAAGCACACAUCUGUGCGUACGCGCGGUUGAUAAAUGAGGCCCCAGGUCUGUCAGAGCUCCUCCCACCUCCACCUUCCUGUGAGACUCUGAGGAGAAGAAGAAGAAGAGAUGGAGGUCAGUCUCAGGUCUCACAGGAGGAACCACAGAGUCCAUUUUCUCAGACUGAACCACUCCGACAGGACUGGGUUCCUGUGACUGAUGCAGAUUUCCUCUAAACUCCCGACAGCUGUCUCUGUUAAUCAGCUCACACAGACACCACAACCAUAUUUGGUCAUCGGGCAGAACUCUCUGGUUCAGUGGUCGGAUUAACGUCUGACGCUUCACCAGUUCAGGGCCCAGAAACCAAAACAGCCAGUAAGUCUGCAGAGCUGCUUCACUGGUCAGACCUUCUCUGUUGGGCUAAGCUCAGAACCAGGAACUCCACAGACCCACGGCUCGACAGGUCCAAAAGUCCACAAGAACAUUUUUAAGUUAGGUCCACCUAAAGAUGUUCUGGUUGAACAUGAUAUCUGUCUCAGUGUGUGUGUGGUUAUUGGAUCUUCUUCUCAAACGUGGUUCCUGUGUGUUCUUCUUCUGUCCACAGACUGCCUGUUCAAAGUCUGUCCUAUGAGCAGGUACUCGGCUCAGAAACAGUUCUGGAAAGCCAAACAAGCCAAACAUGAGAAGGACAAAAUCGCUGACGUGGUUUUACUGCAGAAACUUCAGGUAAGAGACGAAACACAGAAAUCUGCAUGUAUGAUAUUUAAUAACAAGACAAAACAACAACAAUAAUAAUACUAAUACUACUACUACUACUAAUAAUAAUAAUAAUAAUAAAAACAAUGAUGAUAAUAAUGAUAAUUAAAAACAUAAUAAAAAAAAAAUAAUAGUAAAAACAAUGAUAACAAUAAAAUAAUUAUAAUAAUGACAAUAAUAAUAAUAAUAAUAAUGAUGAUGAUGAUGAUUAUCAUCAUCAUCAUCAACUUAAAGAAAAAUAAUAAUUACAAAAAACAUAAAAAUAAUAGUAAUAAUAAUAAUAAUAAUGAAGUAAUUAAUAAGAAGAGGAAGUAAUUUCAGGAAAGCCUCUCUGAUGGAUGUUUCCUCCGAUCUCAGAUCAGUCUAAGUCCUCCUCAGAUUUCAGUUUAAUUCCUGAGGAUCUAAAUUCUGUCAGAAAAAUACGAACCUUAGAGGUCUAAUGUAGCUGAGAGGAAGACCACUUCAGAAGUGGUCUGUAAAUCCAGAUUUUGAACAGAAACAGACAGGAGCCAGUGUCAAGAGGUAGGAACAGGAGUGAGAAGAUCCUGUUUGAGGUUUGAGGAAGCAGCAUUUGGUCGAUGAAGGUCAAAGGUCGGAGUUAGGAAAGAGAGAACCAUAAAAACAGAAACAGCUCACUCAGAAUGAAAUCACCUGAACUAAAGCGGGAAACUCAAAACCUCAACCUCCAGACCACUGUGUUUCUGAGCACGCUCUGUUCAGUCUUUUGUUACUGCUCUGAGCAUGCUCUGUUCGAUCUCGUUUUGCAGCACGCUUCAAACCUGGAGCAGAAGCAGAAUGAGACUGAAAAUAAGAAAGUCCACGGAGACGUGGUCAAGUACGGAACCGUCAUGCAGGUAAAAUUUUCACCUUUGAUUCUUCUUCUCUGAGUUUUUUAUUAUUGUCAUGUGAUCAACGCCAGACUCCGAUGAUGAAGUCUCUCACUGUCUCUCUCUCUCUCCUCACCGUUGCUCUAAUUUUUUAUGUUGUGAAAAAUGUGAGAUUAAAGUGUGACUAAACAAGCGAGUGAGUGAGUGAGUGAGUGAGUGAGUGAGUGAGUGAGUGAGUGAGUGAGUGAGUGAGUGAGUGAGUGAGUGAGUGAGUGAGUGUAGCUGUCUGCAGUUCAAAAUAAACUCGUCUCUGUAUCUGAGUUGGUUUUGGUGCCCCCUGGUGGACGGCUCUUCCUCUCUGGUCUCAUCCUGUUCCAGCAGGAGUCCUGGUUCUAGUCUUUGAUAAGUAACUCAGGUGAACUUUAAUAAGGGGUCAUUUCAUCAGUGAGUCACCUGGUCUGGUACCCGCCUCCCUCACAGGAAAUCAAGACUAAAUAAAAGUCUCAGUCAAGUCUCCUUUGUUUUUGUUUUUGUUGGUUUGGAUCAGUUUCAACAGGAGCUUUUAUACAAACAGGUUUAAAGACGGGGCAGCUCUCUAAAGAACCAGAACCAGAACUAGAGUCAGGGUCCGUUUGACAGGAUGAUGUCACAGUUCUGUUUCCUGUUUGACUGCCGGACCUGUUCUUGUGUCCAUGUUGAUCCAUGACAAACAGCUGCAGGACAGACGCCUCAGAGAGUCAAACGGCUGAGAGACAAACAGACCUCAGAGAGUUUGACCCAGAAUUAACCCAGACCCACACCCGGGCCAGAACACCAGUGAACAUCUCAGUCCACCUUCAGUCCAAAUCCAUCCAGAGGUUUUAUGAUUGUAGUUGCAGAUCAGACAGGAUCUGGACCUUCAUCAUGUUCAGAGAAGGUUCUUAGUGUACCUCAAAAACAGACCAACAGUUAUUUAAAGUUUCAUGUAUUUCCUCUAAAGUCCACUAGAGGGCAACUCUGCUGCUCCCACAGAGUCCAUUGUCUGUUGCAUGAAUGUCAGAUGAGAGAAAGAUAAAGAAAAGUCUGUUUUUUGUUUUUCUGCGUCCCCCUCAGCUUCUGCACAUGAAGAGUAAUAAAUACCUGACGGUGAACAAGCGUCUGCCCGCUCUGCUGGAGAAGAACGCCAUGAGGGUGACUCUGGACGGGACCGGGAACGAAGGUUCCUGGCUCAUCAUCCAACCUUUCUGGAAGCUCCGCGCCGACGGGGACAACGUAAGUCAGCUGUGAACGGCGCCUCCGUGUGUCCGUCUGUUGAAAUAUUCUGAGGAGCUCUCAGCGUUUCUAUCAGGAUAGUGAACAUUUGCCACUGUACGCAUUUUAUUUUCUACAGGCUUCAUUUAUUUUUAUUUUUUUGAUAACUUUCUUUAUUGGAAGCAAGUUCACAGUAGCGAGAUAGUACAAUAUGGUCAGAAGGACUUCCAAUCGGUCAUUUUUCCCCCAUCUUUUUUAUCCCUCCCACAUUCCCACCCCUUUCAAAGAGGACAGUAUUACAUGUAACAGAUAAUUAUUAAAAAUAAUUAAGUACACAGGCUAAUGAAAUACAGAAUGUUUACACACCCUUAUAAAAGGGUAAAAAUGAAAUAAAAAAAUAUGAAAAAAGUAAAUAAAAUAAACUAAAACAAACACAAAAAAAGUAAAUAAAGUAAGGGGAGGGGGGCUCAGUCGUCACAAUCAGGCAGAGAUGUCAAAGAUUCAAUAUGAUUCAGCAGCGGUCUCCAAGUUUUUUCAAAAUGUCCUAAGGAACCCUUGAGGGAGAAUCUGAGCUUUUCAAGUUCAUUUAUUUUUUUAAACACGAUUAAAGACAGUUCCUGUGGAAGCAACUCUAGUUCCUGUCAGUUUGACCGUCCCUUUCAAAAUAAAAGAAUAAAGGAAACAAAGAAAUAAAGAGAAACAAAACAAAACUUGAAACAGAAAUAAAAUUAAAUGUAGUUCAAUAAAUCAAAAUUAGGAUGAAUAAGAGAAACUAAACAAUAACUUUUUUACUCACUCAUUCAUUUAAACAGUAAUUAAAUGAAUGAGUGAGUGAAUGAGUGACGUCUGUGUGUGCCUGUGUUUGUGUGUCUGUGUUUGUGUGCCGGUGAAGGUGGUGGUCGGAGACAAAGUCAUCCUGAACCCUGUGAACGCCGGACAACCGCUCCACGCCUCCAACUACGAACUUAGCGACCACCCGGGCUGCAAGGAGGUGACAGACAGACACACACACACACACACACACUGAUACAGACCAUAUACUGUAUAUACUAUGGACAACCUGGUUCCGCCUACCGCCUGUAUACGGAUUUGAAACCAAAUAGUUCUCCAUAUUUCCAGGAUUUUUCUUCAUUUCCUGAAACCAGUGCUGCGCAGGAGCGAUGCGCGCAUUCGGCCGCGCAGUCGCCGAGAGUCGCUGUGAUGACACUCGGCUCAAACAGCGUUUUCCCAGGAGAGCUAUGUAAUCCCUGGAAGCCCAUAGGCUGUAUCAGGUGUCAAUCAUAGAAAACAUGAACGCCCUAAUAACUUUUGAAAACGGAGCCGUACAGAAAAAAGAGGACUGGAGCACAAACCAGUCUUACAAUAACAACAUCGUAAGCAGGGGUGGAAAAUGUAUGUUCUGUGUAAUAAAUUUCUAAAGUUGGUCCACAGCCCCAUAAGCUUUGCUGGUGGAGGUGGGAUUUAUGACCUAUACUGCAGCCCAUCAACAGAGGGUGCUGUUCUCGGAGUGGAUUCACCCAGAGAGGAGGCAGACUCUGUCCAUUCUUUAUACAGUCUAUGAUACAGACACGCACAGACACAUACACACUGGCCCUCAUUUAUCAAGCUUGCGCAGAAAACUUGCGUACACCUUGCGUACGAAAAUUUUGACGUGAGGAUUGGCAUUUAUCAAUCUGCACAUGAGCGUAACGACAGGUCUGACACCGUGUAAGUUUGAGUCAGUGUGGCUCUGCGGUGCAGCAAAUGUCUGUCUCAAAAUAAUUGAAAAACAAACCUCAAAUCUGUCAUUAAGCACAAUCAGCCAGAUUUCAUUAAAGAUUAAGACGUAAAUAAAAUAAAAAUAAAUUUGUUAUGUCCUUAGUGAAUAGGUCUAUUUGAUAACUCUGCCCAGAAACGCUGCCACAGAGCAGGAGCGCUUUUUAAACAUUGCGCACACACGCACAUGCGCUACUGUGGAGCGCUGCGUUUGACUCCUAAAAGGCAGGUGUCUUUAUUUUGGUCCAGCAGCGGGGACAUUGUUGUAUACUCCUGAAAGGGUGUGGGACAUUAUUUGGGCCAGUACAGUUUUGCAAAAUGUUGCACUGGUGAAUGGAGUGCUGUUAGCUGUGCCGGUGCAACGUGAGGACCCGAUUCCCGGAGAACAAUAACGAGGAGAGACUCCACAAAGGUGCUGUACAGAGGAGACAGGACCUUAACGAUGAAUACUGACAUGUGAAGUAUUAGUUUAGAAAGAGCUCUUGCUAUUUAAUCAGUGAUAAAAAUCCAAUAGAAAUCCAUAAAAAUGUGCCUCAGGAGCAGCAACACACCGUUUGGUGACAUUAAUAAUUAUUUUUGUUCAGCCUCUGUCAGACGCUCCAGUCUGCUCUACAUUACAAAGACACAAAAAAUUAAAACUAAAUACUUUCAAUAAUAGGAGCAACGUACCCUAUGUCAUGGCAAUAAAAAAUAUAAGGCAUGUAUGAGAUAUUAAUUUAUCAUCACGAGCAACUUAUUGACUGAUGAUUUAAUCAAACUUCAGCCACUGUCCGCUAUUCUGCAGCAGCGCUGUUCACCACCACCAUAAUCCUGCUCCAGACAGGAGUUUUCUCGACUGCUUUUAUACCAGUUUUGAUGCUUCCAAAAAGUAAAUCCUUGUUAGUUUCCACCACAGAUGUGAGGAUAUCCACUUUCAGCUCAGAAAAGUUUUGCAUCAUUCUAAUAUUCUUUCAUGUUUGACCUCAGUGGGCGAGGCUUCUGAACCGCGAAUAUUUAAGAGCGUGAACAUGUUGAUGACGAUCGAUUUCAACCGCCGCAUUUAUCAAGACCCGAUCAUACGUACGCUGGGAUUGGUCAGAUACAUAAAUCUCACGCGUGUCCUAUCGUACAAUGAAUCCUGCGCUCAGAUCUGCGCAAGCUUGAUAAAUGAGGGCCACUCACACGCAGACCCUGGACUCAAGUGUAUGUUGAAGUGCUGUGUCUCCCCCUGCAGGUAAACUCUGUGAACUGUAACACCAGCUGGAAGAUAAACCUGUUCAUGAUGUUCAGCGACCACAGAGAGGAAGUCCUCAAAGGGGUGAGGGGCUUCUUGUAGUGUGUGUGUGUGUGUGUGUGUGUGUGUGUGUGUGGGGGGGGGGGGGGGGGGGAUCAGGGACAGGACUCAGAGCAGAGCUGUGAUCAAUCAUGACAAUAACAUCUACUGAUACUAGAUCUGGAAUAAUCAUGACAGCAGCAACAUCUAUUGAUAUUAGAUCUAUAUUAGUCAUGACUGCAGCAACAUCUAUUCAUACUAGAUCUAUAUUAGUCAUGACUGCAGCAACAUCUAUUGGUAUUAGAUCUAUAUUAGUCAUGACUGCAGCAACAUCUAUUCAUACUAGAUCUAUAUUAGUCAUGACUGCAGCAACAUCUAUUGGUAUUAGAUCUAUAUUAGUCAUGACUGCAGCAACAUCUAUUCAUACUAGAUCUAUAUUAGUCAUGACUGCAGCAACAUCUAUUCGUACUAGAUCUAUAUUAGUCGUGACUGCAGCAACAUCUAUUCAUACUAGAUCUAUAUUAGUCAUGACUGCAGCAACAUCUUUUCAUACUAGAUCUAUAUUAGUCAUGACUGCAGCAACAUCUAUUGAUAUUAGAUCUAUAUUAGUCAUGACUGCAGCAACAUCUAUUCAUACUAGAUCUAUAUUAGUCAUGACUGCAGCAACAUCUAUUGGUACUAGAUCUAUAUUAAUCUUGACGCAGCAACAUCUAUUGAUAUUAGAUCUAUAUUAGUCAUGACUGCAGCAACAUCUAUUGAUAUUAGAUCUAUAUUAGUCAUGACUGCAGCAACAUCUAUUGGUACUAGAUCUAUAUUAAUCUUGACGCAGCAACAUCUAUUGAUACAUGAUCUGUAUUUGUUGAUACUAAUCAUUAACAAAGAUCAGAGUUUGAUAUUUCUGAACCUUUGUGUUAAAGUUAGUGCAGCAGUUUAACGCUGUGUGUGUGUGUGUGUGUGUGUGUGUGUGUGUGUGUGUGUGUGUGUGUGUGUGUGUGUGUGUUUGUGUGUGUGUGUGUGUGUGUGUGUGUGUUGUUCAGGGCGAUGUUGUGCGGUUAUUUCACGCUGAGCAGGAGAAGUUUCUGACGUGUGACGAGUACAAAAGUAAAAUCCACGUUUUCCUUCGAACAACUCUGAGACUGUCGGCAACCUCGGCCACCAGCUCCAAUGCCCUGUGGGAGGUCGAGGUACAGAGCAACACACAAACACACAAACACACACUGAUACACAAACACACACUGACACACACAAACAUAAAAUUCCUUCAAAGUCUUUAAAAGUCCUGAAAGUCUUAAAAAGUAUCAAAUUUGACUCUCCAAAGUGUGGCUGUAACCCUACACUCUAAGUUACGUUGUCAUGUGUUAAACCCUGUUCUGUGUGCUGAUUGGUUGAUCAGGUUGUCCAUCAUGACCCUUGUCGUGGGGGGGCGGGACAUUGGAACAGCCUUUAUCGCUUUAAACACCUGGCGACAGGAAACUACUUGGCUGCUGAGGUGAGCGUCCCAGGCUUUUUGUCAAACGUUGAAUCAGUUUCUUGUUCAGUGGACUUUAGCCCCGCCCAUUACAGCAAAUAGGAUCUGAUUUGAAAUCGCCACGUCGUCAGUGUCUUUUAUCGACCAUCUUUGAAAUCAAACGUUUGAUCGCCACACGGGUCGGACUUUGACAGAGUUCUGUUCCUGCUGUUUUCAGGAGAACCCGGGUUAUAAAGGAGACAACGCAGAGCCGCCGUCCAUCGUGAGUCUCUGUUUUUUAUUCAUACUCUUUUCAUGACCUCCUCCAGAUUCUAUCAUUGACCUCUGACCUCUCUGCAGAUGGAUGGUAGUCGUAGUAACAAGCGUUCUCACGGUGAAAGGAUAAAGUACAAAUUGGUGGCGGUGGCUCAUGGGAACGAUAUCGCCUCGCUGUUUGAGUUGGAUCCAACCACGCUGCAGAAGACCGACUCAUUCGUGCCACGGUGAGUGGGAAUGCCGGGACCGCCGCAAAGAAGCUGAGAUUUAAUAAACAGGAAAUAACCCGUUCUUCUGUUUUCAGAAACUCAUAUGUACGUCUGAGACACCUGUGCACUAACACCUGGAUCCAGAGCACCAACGUCCCCAUCGACAUCGACGAGGAGAGACCCAUCAGACUCAUGGUUAGUCCUGGUCCAGAACAGAACGUUCUCUGGUUCUGUCUCCAUCCUAAAAUCCUUUCUCUAUCUUCAGACUCUACCCUUAAAACAUUCAGAGGGUCAGGACUUUAAAAUGACCUCAAUGUGACCUCAAUAUGACCUUAAUGUGACAUAAUGUGACCUUAAUGUGACCUUACUGUGACCUUGGUGUACCUUGACUCCUGAAUAUAAGUUACCGCCCCUUUUUUUUUUGCAGUUGGGGACGUGUCCCACCAAAGAAGACAAGGAGGCCUUCGCCAUCGUCUCUGUUCCUGUGAUGGAGAUCAGAGAUCUGGACUUCGCCAACGAUGCCAGCGCCAUGCUGAGCGUGGUGGUCGACCAGUUUAACCAGGGCUUCAUCAGCCAAAACGACAGACGGUAUGAUAGACAGCGCCUUGAACUGUUGUGAAGGAAACUAAAACUGAAGUCUCUGAUAAUGACAGCAGGAUUAAAACUAUCAGGAUUAUUCAGAGUAUUUUCAGAAAUAUAUCCUGAUAGUUUUAAUCCUGAUAGUAUAUUUCUGAAUAUCAAAGUUAUACAUUUAUGGUUAAAAUGAGAACAUGCUGAUUUCAUUUGGUGUCCUCUCAGGUUCGCCAUCAAGCUGCUGGAGGAUGUGGUUUUCUUCGUGGCAGACGUCAUCAACAGCGGUCAGCCGGUCCUGGACGUGGUGAUGACCAAAGCCAACCGAGAGAGACAGAAACUGAUGAGAGAACAAAACAUCCUCAAACAGGUGGGAGGGAAAAAAAGAGACGUUCUAGAACAUCGACAGACCGUCAACUUACUGCUGUGAUGUUUGUUCAGAUCUUCGGGAUCCUGAAGGCCCCCUUUAAGGACCGGGCGGGAGGCGAGGGUCCGUUACUGCGUUUGGAGGAGCUGGCAGACCAGAAGAACUCUCCCUACCAGUACAUGUUCAGACUCUGUUAUAGAGUCCUCAGACACUCCCAGGAGGACUACCGCAAGAACCAGGUGAGGAACAAGAGGAGGAGGAUGAUGAUGAUGAUGAUGAUGAUGAUAUUAAAAAUAACUUGUUUGGAUUUUAAAUGAGUCUGAAAGUCUCGGAAAGGAGUUCCUCACAGUUCAGUCCUCGGACCAGUUCUGUUUCCUAGAUCCCAAAUAUUUCCAAAGUCCUGAAUAUUCGAGAAUCUGAAAACUGUGAGACUCUCAGAGGAUCCAAAAAUAAAUAUGAUGAUGAUGAUGAUGAUGAUGAUGCUCUAAAGAGUUUGUUCUUCACUGGGACCCUAAUUUAUUUUAAUUUUUUUUAUUCAUGAAUACGUUUUCUCUCUUUUUUUUAUAACUACCUCACUCUUUCAUGUCAGUGAAAGUGAAACAUACUGAGUACUGGAAAGUUUAGCAGCAGAGUAUCUUAACCAAUUAAGACCUGAAACCUGUCUGAGACACGCCUCUGAAAUCCUGAGGGCCAUUUCGAGAAGGGCCCCCAGAUCCUGAGGUUUUCUGAAGUGUUGAGGUUUACAAAAAGCUGAUAUCUCAGCCUCUGUAGCAGAUAGAAACAAAAUUAAAAAGUAUUUGAAAGCUCACACAUGUGGCUUUCAAGAUAACUAUCUUUUAUUUUUUUUGAACCUUCAUCAGAUUAUUGAAAACUUUGAACAAACAAACUCAAAUGGCUGUAUAAAUAAAAGUAAAGACUCUGCACUGGAGAAUAACAAACUGUUUGCUUUCUGUAAAACAAGUGGCAGUCAUGAUAAAGUGUCCAUUUAAUACAAAUGUAAAUAUAAAAAAUAAAGUGUUGAAAGGGUAUACAGAUGCCCUAGUAUAGCGCCAGUACAAAAGCAGCACUAAAAAUAAAAAAAAUGAAUCAAUAAAUAAAUACCUAACUGACAGUGUGUUCAUGUGAUAUGAUGAUUUGAUUUGCCACGACUCCAGGAAUGAUUAAAAAACUACAGAAUGUUACAAAAUGACAAAUAUGCACUCCUGGCUUGGAAGGUUUAAAUGGGUUAAUGACUUCUUUGGCAGAUCCACGCGAUGACCUCCAAUUGAGGAGUUAUUAAUUAAGAAUUCAUGUCCGAGGUUCUACACAAGGAGCAUUCCUAUGUUCCAUCAAAACCAGCAGAUUUAGAGUAAAUGUCUGACCCUCGUCCCCUCGUACCCCCAGAGUAGAAAGUCCGAUUAUGGUCCUGAUACAGAAAAUAGUUUAAGGUUAGGUUUGCCUUAAUUUUGUAUUUAUUAAAAAUAUCCAAAACUUUUAUCCAUGUUUCUCUCAUUGUUUGACGUUUUUAAUCCCUUCCUAUCGUCUGUAGUUGAUUGACUUCCAUCAUAACGAGGUUAAAUUUUAAAAUGAUCCGUGCCGUCAAAGUCCAAACCUGUUAAAAUCAAAAAACAUAAUAACCAAUUAAAGUGUAAAAUCCUCUUUGGAGGAUCUCUGGGGGUUUAUUGAACCUCAGGAUCCUCCCCAGCAGAUAGGGGCAUCCCUAAAACCCGGAAACAAUAAAGUCAAUCAGGGCAAGAAGAAAAUGAUCUGGUCCAGACUGAGAUUUCUGCAGUAGCAGCUAAGUGGACUCUGAUCCAAGCUGAGGUUUCAGAUGAUCUGGUCCUAAAGAAACUCUAACACCCCCCCACUACCACCUCCAGGAGCACAUCGCCAAACAGUUUGGCGUGAUGCAGAGUCAGAUCGGUUAUGACAUCCUGGCCGAGGACACCAUCACCGCCCUGCUGCACAACAACCGCAAACUGCUGGAGAAACACAUCACCAAGACCGAGGUGGAGACCUUCGUCAGCCUGGUCCGCAAGAACCGAGAGCCCAGGUAUGAAGAACAGAGAGCGGUGGAGGAGGAGGAGGAGGAGGAGGAGGAGGUCAGUGAGGUUCCUGUGUCAGAGUUCAUGGGUCUGACUUUGUGUUGGUCUGCAGGUUCCUGGACUACCUCUCAGAUCUGUGUGUGUCCAACAACGUGGCCAUCCCCGUCACUCAGGAGCUCAUCUGCAAAUGUGUGCUGGACCCCAAAAACCAGGACAUCCUCAUCAAGACUGAGUGAGAAUGAGGGGAUGACCCCCAAAUGACCUUCACUGUUUCUCAUUUGUUAGUUCACUGCAGGAAAAGACGCUAACAUGAGCUUUCUUAGACUGAGGUGAACUUAUCUAAACUACACACUUAAGUCAGCAAUGACACAGCCAACAAUGGUCAGAGGUCAGAAGUCAGCUGAGGAGGUCAUAGAAGUGACUGAAUGGUCUAAAGUUAUGGGAGAGUUUGUUCUGGAUAGUUACUCUGAUCAGAAGAUUCAAUAUUAGACACACACAGUAAAAUCACCUUAACCCUCGGUUCCUGCUCUGUCCAUUUUGAGGACAUCUGUCAUUUUUUUCCUCUUUAUUUUGAGCUGACAGUCACAUUUUUAAAGAUUGGAAAAUCAAAUUUGGUGAGAGUUCUUAUUUGUCUUAAUAUAAAAAGAAAAACUCAGUGUCACCUGUAGUUCUCUGUCGCUGCAUUUUAGCUCCACCCACCUUCCUUUGUCCACAAAUCGGACAAUAGACUUCCAUUAAAAACACGUUUUUUGACCAUGUGUUUAUUGCACCAUCAUAACAUAUUACAACCUUUUUUUGCAGUCAGUUGAUCACCGGGGCUCUAAAUUUGACUUUCUGACAGUGAUACAACAGAUUGAGCCAGCACAUAAUUUUAACCCCUUCAGUGCCGCGCAUGCAAGUCUUCAUUCAUGGACUGAGAGUGUUUGAAGCGCUGAUUCAUCCACUAAACAUCAUCAGAAAUGAAUGAAACUUAACAGAUUUGAGUUAAAAAUGAUUAUUUUGUGAACACUUUUCUGCAUGAUGGUUUUGUGGACAAAGUAGGCUGGAUGGAGCUAGAAUAUGAAAAUUGGCACUACAAAAAAUAUUUAAACGCACCAAAGUUGGUUUUACUUCUAUUCACUGACAUGGCCCAGACUCUAUUUAUCAAAUAAUAUGAUCAUCUAGGUCAUUUAAUGUGGGAAAUAUGGCAAUUUUGUGUUUUUUACCAUUAAAAAUAACAGUGACAUGGUGCACAAAAACUGGCAAAAAAAAGAGUAAUACAUAGAAUUUUUUAUUUAUUAUUUUUUAAUGGCUAGCGCUGAAGUUGUUUAAGAGAUUUGAGUAAAAAAAAAAAGUCUAAAAAAAUGUUAAGAAUGUUUAUUUCAUGAACACUUAAAUGCAUGCCUCUUUUGGAGACAAAGUAGGCUGGAUGGAGCUUAAAAUAUGAAAAAUUGGCACAAAAAAAAGAAUUUAAAUGCACAAAAGUCAGUUUUAUUUCUCAUCACUGACAUGGCCCAGACUCUGGUUUUUUUUUUUUGUUUUUUUAAAAGGGACCUGCCAUCAAAAUGUAAUUUUGUGUGUUUUUUGUGUCAGAUUAGGUCCAUAUUAUGUUCGUCUUAUGUUGUAAAUGUGAAAACAAACCGUUACGUCGUUUGCAUUCUGUAAAGGUUUAAAAUAAAGGAACGGGUAAACCAAGCCAAUUGAAAAAGCAGGUCCCUCUGACGUCGUGCUGACCUUGCUCAUUAUUAUUCACGAGCGCGUUCUCGGUGAGCUGCGCCCACUCUCUCGUUCUCGUACUCAUUAACAGUCAACAUCACUCUCCAGCCAGAGCGAGACCCAGCUACCACUGUAUCCGCUAUGGGCCUCUUCCAAACGACCGGUGUUUCCUUGGGUUCACUGCCGGGAAAAUGAACUUAAAGCUGGGCAGAAUGAAUGAAAAAACACCACUGGAGAUCUUCGGCUUCUUCUUCAACUUCCACCUCCUCUUCGGACUCGGGGUCUAAAAUAUAUGGUUUAAUACCUGCCAUUUUUAGCCUUUAGCAUAAGGUGACCAGACGUCCCCGAUUUCCGGGGACAGUCCCCGUAUUGGAUGACCUGUCCCCGGCAAAAGCUGUCCCCGAAAAUGUCCCCGAUUUAAGCGUUUCAUGAAUGAGAGCGAAAAUGUUGCGUGUGGGCUCGAACAACGGUUAUUACAGUAGCCGAAUAGGUAGGAAGCACAAGUAAGCAGUCCUGAACAACAGUUCUUACGGGGUUAUUAUAAGGGGCAUGCGCUGCUACUAAAUAGUACCGAGAUUUUGUCUGUGAUCACACAGCCCCUGCACCCGCCGCCGCACCGCAUAUCCCCGGAUAUCAAUACAGACAUCUGAGCACCUUACUUUAGCACACAGUAGCAAAAUGGAUAAACCGAAAUCUGAACCUCCACUGCUGAGCCAAUCAGAGCACAGCAGGCUUCACAGCAGCGAUCCAAUCAGAGCAAAGCUCAUUACCAUAAAUGUUAAUGAGCCAAAACCAGUUGGUUUUCCUGUAAGGUUUUUUAGGCAUACUAAAACAAACCAUCAAAUAACUUUUCAGCUAAAAUUAUGUUGCAAACAUGAUCAGAGGACAUCAAGGAUUAUGAAAAAAUGAUAAAAAUGGGGAUGAAAUUUUGAUGGCAGGUCCCCUUUAAUCGUUGAGGUCAUUUUAUAUGGAAAAUGUGGCGAUUUGGUGUUUUUGUUUCUUUUAACAUUAAAAAUAAAUAUGUCAUGGUGAACAAAAACUGGCAUAAAAAGGGGUAAUACAUCGAAUUUUUAUUUAUUACUUUUUAAUGGUUAGGGCUGAAGUUGUUUUAGAGAUUUAAGUAAAAAAAAGUAAAAAACUGGUCUGGUCAGGUCUGUGCUGCUGUGAGAAUGCUGACCUCUGAAACUUCCAUCUGAUUUCUGUUUCACUUCCUCCAGACGUCGAGUCCCGAGAGAGGCGCCCCCUGGUGGUAUUCAGGGAGAAUACAUGGGAAUGGACGACUACGGAGAUGAGGAUGAGGUACAUAGACCUGGAUCUGUUUUAGUCUUGGUUUGUCUGCAGGAACGAAGACUCCAGAUCACUGAGGAACUUUAUCAGGAGCUUCUCUAAUCUGUUCGAAAAUCUUUAUGGCAUGGAGGAGGAUCUGAAGAUCAUCAUCUAAAGGGUUCACAAAGAUCAGUUCGUACUUCCUCUGUUUCCAACUCUGCAUCUGAUUAUACUCAUGAAACUACUGUCGGAUCGCAGAUUCUUUCACUCGUGUUUCUCAGACAAACCUUCCCUUAGUGAUUGAUUGAUUGAUUGAUUGAAGUUUAUUUUGAACAUUUAAAAAAGAAAUAAUUAAAAAAGUAAAGAAUACAACAACAAAUGAAAAAAAGUUAUUUGAGUUGAAAAAGGAGUGGGAAGAAGUCGAGACUUAUCUAGUCCCACCCCUUCUCCUACACUAAUGGUUUAAAUAUAUAUCAUUAUAUAAUAAUAUUAAUCAUCAUAGUAAUAAUAGCAUCGACUGGCAAUGCUUUUUCUCACUUUAGCUUAACUGAAGUGGGAAACGACGGAUCACUCGAGGAAGUGAUUUCGUUCAGUACGUUCACUUGAAAGAUUCGGUUCUUUUGAACAAAUCCUUCGCGAACGACACAACACUACCUUCUGCAUGUCAUGCGCUGGUUUCUUUCAGGAGGUUUCUGUUGCCUUCAUGGAUUCGGCGCUAAAAUCGAUCUGUUUUUUCCUGAACCGUUGAAAGAAUCCAAGUGUUGGUGGACUUGUUCAUCAGACCUGACUCUUGUCUUGUUCAUAGGUCUGGCUGGUGUGGACGGACAAAACCAACGAGAGGCAGGAGAAGAGCAUCAGGCAGCUUGCUCAGGAGGCCAGACAAGGAAACGCCCAUGAUGAGAACGUCCUCACCUACUACAGGUCUCCUACCUGAAACCUAAAACCAGAAUCAUCAGGAUGUUGUGGUCAGGAUGUUGGACCUUCACGUCUCUGUUUCUGUGGAUCUCCUCAGGUACCAGCUGAAACUCUUCGCCCGGAUGUGUCUGGACCGUCAAUAUUUAGCCAUAGACGAGAUCUCCAAGCAGCUGGAUGUAGAGCUGAUCUUCUUAUGUAUGAUGGAUGAGACACUCCCAUUUGACCUCCGGGCCUCCUUCUGCCGCCUGAUGCUUCAUGCCCACGUUGACCGAGACCCACAAGAGUUGGUGACACCUGUCAAGUUUGCCCGCCUCUGGACAGAGAUCCCCACCUCCAUCACCAUCAAAGAGUGAGUGGGGAACAGAAACGCCAAAGAAAGAGGAGGAAAGGAGGUUUUUGGUGCUCCAAUAGAAGCCUUUGAUGGUUCCUGGAUCCAAGUUUAUAAGAACCGGGUUUAUGAGAUCACGGUUUAUGAGAUCCUGGUUUAUGAGAUCUAUGUUUAUUAGAUCUGGGUUUAUAAUCUGGGUUUAUGAGAUCAGAGGCCUGUACUACGAAGCUGGAUUAAAACAUCCAGGAUAACUCUGCGACAACUCGCUAAACUUCACCGGAUCUCCGCGAUCCCGAUCAGCUGUACUACGAAGCCGGUUAUCAACUCGAUAUCUGAAUCCAGGUGUGGUCACUUCAGAUCUGUGCGCGCACAAGUAAAGGGGGUGGGGUCAGUGCCACCGGACCAAUCUCCACAAUGGAGAAGGCUGCACGUCAUUUUUCACAGCUGAAGAACAGAGCAUUAUUUUACGAGGAGUACCGCAACAUUAUAACAGUGAGGAGCAGGACAGCCGCAGCCGCAGCCGCUAAAAGCCGGAGGGACUGCUGGCAAAAAAAAAUCAUCGGUUGUGUAAAUUACAUUUGUGCGUUCAUAAAUUUAUGGCCCCCUAAUCUGUUGUCAUGCAGCGUGUGUGAUCACCUCCAUCAAUGACCUCAUUAUUUCAGAUACAACAGCAGUGGGGAAAAGAGUAUGUGGGAGCAAAUAAAAAUAAAUCUAAAAACAUCCUUUUAAGUAGUUUGUAAGUUUAUUGGAAAAUUUUAUUUGUACAUAUUUCAACGCGUAAACAGUGAUUUCCUCACACUGCCUUUUUUUUUCUUUUUUUCUCCAUCAUCUGACGGUCACAUGUCAUCUGCAGACACAUUUAGGGUUAAGAGUUUUCUAAUCUGCUUCAAUAAAUUCUGAAUGAUGACUGAUAUGCUGCAUGAAAUUGAAACCUGGAGCUUGGCAAAUGUUAGUGCAUUGCUUAGACUUCAUGCUACCUGAAUAUUGAGGCCGUCCGAGGAAAACCUGUAAUAAUAUAUAAUAAUAAAAAAUAAUGAGGUCAAUGAUGGUGGUGAUCCCACAUGCUGCAUGACAACAUAUUAGGAGGCCAUAAAUUUAUGAACGCACAAAUGUAAUUUACACAAUCGAUGAUUUUUUUUGCCAGCAGUCCCUCCGGUUUUUAGCGGCUGUGGCUGUCCUGCUCCUCACUGUUAUAAUGUUGCGGUACUCCUCGUAAAAUAAUGCUCUGUUCUUCGGCUGUGAAAAAUGACGUGCAGCCUUCUCCAUUGUGGAGAUUGGUCUGGUGGCACUGACCCCACCCCCUUUACGUGUGCGGGCACAUAUCUGAAAUGGAUUCAGUUAUCAAGUUGAUAACCGGCUUCGUAGUACAGCUGAUCGGGAUCACGUAGAUCCGGUGAAGUUGAGCGAGUUGUCGCAGAGUUAUCCUGGAUGUGUUUAUCCAGCUUCGUAGUACAGGCCUCUGGUUUAUGAGACCCAGGUUUAUUUUAGAGGCUUUAGUUCAGUGCUGGAGGAUCUUCUUAGACUGCCACACUUAGACACACACACACACACACACAGUCAGAGGAGCUGAACCUCCUCACAAUGGAUUUGACAAUCUUGUUUCCAUGGAAACGGAUCAUUUACUUGAACUUUAUCUUUGUCCUCCUCAGCUAUGACUCCAACAUGGACGACAGCAGAGACAACAAGAAGAACCGUUUCUCCAACACCAUGGUCUUCAUGGAGGAGUAUCUCAACAACGUUCUGAAUGAUGAGCUUCCCUUCCACAACGAAGAGAAGAACAAGCUGACCUAUGAGGUUCUUCUCCUUCGUCUUCUGUCUCUCAGUGUCUCCGUCUCGCCUCCUCUGGAGGACUAAACUCUAUUUGCUCUUUCUUCAGGUGGUGAGUCUGGCCCGACAUCUGAUCUACUUUGGUUUCUACAGUUUCUUUGAGCUGCUCAGACUCACCAGAACCCUGCUGGGCAUCAUCGACUGUCGACCCAACCCUGCGUACUCUGGACUUUUAUUCAAUGAUGACGGAUCAGGUAAAAAAUCUGAGUUUGGGUUUUUACCGUAAUGAGGUUUCAGAGGAAAACACACUGACCUUCAGCAGCUGGAGCUUCUGGUCCGGAUGUUCAUCGUCAGCUGAGGAUGUUUUUUUUUUAACUUUAUUUUUAUAAAAACAUUCAGUUUUUCAAAAAACUUGUAAAAAGUGAAAUAAAGGAAAAGAACUAGAAAAGAACAGGAAAGGAUAAAUAUACAUCCAAAUGUAUUUUGUUACACAGGGAGAGACCAAUCUUAGUAACAGUUCGUACAUUUAAAGAGGUAGGUCCAGGGUUUAGAGAUACUUUAGUCACUUUUGUUCUAUUUGUCCUUCAUAUCAAAACAGGACAGAAACAUCCUCGCCCUUGUGUCCUACAACACCUCGAGAACAUAUCAAAUAGGACAGUAGGGGGUGCUGUACUCAAGCAUAAAUGGAAAUAAAGAAAAAAAUGAAACAGCACAUUGUGGUUUUCAUUAACUGACUCCUCCUGUUAUAAAAUGACAUUUAAUCAGGAUGGGUUAUCCAUUUCCUCCAUAGCCUGGUGAAUUUGUCCGUGUACAGGUUCAAGGAAAAGGUCCGUUUUUCUAUGUCGUAUAUUUCUUUCACAAUUACUAUCCACUCCUCUUUAGUUGGGGGCUCUUUCGAUGGCCAUCUUCUUGUAAUAGCUUUUUGACUGGCUACCAACAUUAUUGUAAUCAAAUAUUUAUCAGUAGCAUUGAUUGUGGGGGAGAUAUUACCGAGAUAAAUUGUGCAAAAGUCAUUAUUAAUAUCAAAGCCUACGAUUGAGUUAAUUUUCUCCACUACAACCUGCCAGCAGGAAUGUAUAAUCAGGCAGUCCCAGAAAACAUGGAAAUGAACCGCCUGAGCGCUUCCACACUCUCUCCAACAUUUUCCAGAAGCUGUUUAAUUUUGGGAGUGAUAAAAAAUUGGAUUAUGUUCUUCCACGAGAAUUCCCUCCAGUAACAAGAGCUCGAGGUGUUCAUUUGGGUCUUACAAAUGUUCAACCAACCGUCUUCUGAAAUGGUGAUUUUUGCUUCUUUUUCCCAGUUGGAUUUAAUAUAUAGAGUGGAAGAACCGUUAGAUGAUUGUAAAGAGGAGUAGAUCCUGGAAAUCAGUUUCUGGUUCAAUUUGGAUUUGUAUGCACCAAUCAAAAUGUUUAUUAAAUCAGAACUGCCUUCCUCUGUUGUUCUCAGCUGAGGAUGGUUAUUGAACAUGUCAGCUGAUGACCGUCUGAGGUGAGAUGGUAUAAAACCUGCUGAGAGCAGAAGCAGUAAAUCCAUCAUAAAAGACUGUGAAGGCCUCCAGGUCUUCUGAGACCCUCUCAGGUGGAGGUGUGAAGUUCUCUCUCCUGAAGAGUUCCUCAGGCUCCAGUCAGGACUGUUUUCUUUGGAUUUGACCUGUGAGCGCUGUCUCAUCCCCUCAAAGCAAGGGCAUAGGUUUGGUCUCAACAUUGGUAGGGACGAUAUAACAGCAUAACCUGCAUGUACAUUUUUUGCUGGGGACGUCCCAGUCUCAAUUUACAGCUUUUGUCCUGCAUGUACCACAAGAGUAAUACAUUGCUUUAGUUGGUUGUCUCUUUCACCUUCUUCUCUGUUAUUUUCAUCUCUAAACUGCAUCAGUGUUUGGGCGAUUAUGGAAAAAAUCGAAAUCAAGAUUUAAUUAACUUUUUACCUCUAUUAUGAUUAAUGUAUGAUUAUCUGAAAAAAAUGUCUGCAUAGGCUGCAAAUAAAAAUAUUUUAAAAUGAAUAAUUUAGAAAAUAAAUACACUUUAAUGAAUAAAUACAUGCACUAAUAGAUCUAGUCAUCAGCCAAUCAAACGUGCUUUUGAGGAAAAAAAAUGGUCCGGCACAUUCAACAAGUGAAAAGGGGUAAAUCUAAGUCAGAACAUAAUGAAAAUAAUUCACUUAAUAAUGGUAGGGUCGAUUCUAUCUUUACAAAAUAUGGGAAGACAAUCUAAAUUACCUAUAUAACUGCACUCAUUAUAUAAUGCAAAUAAGGUUGCUUAAAAGUUGGUGGGGACAAUUUGAGCACCCUGAAAAGUUGGUAGUGUUAUGUCUCUACCGUCCCUAUGCUAACCUACACCCUUGCCUCAAAGGCUUUUAUUUUGAAAGGUCCUAACAGAACCUUUCUUCCCUUCUUUCUGUUUGAAGGGAAGAACGUGAAGCGCUCCAUCCAUGGGAUGGGUCAGAUGAUGUCCACCAUGGUCCUCAACAGGAAGCAGUCCUUAUUUGGAGGUCCAGGAGCCAGAGGCGCAGGGGUGGGUACAGGACUUAUGCAUGAUGGACAGAGAGGGGGUAAAGAUAGUAUCGACAAAAUGGACCUGACAGUGAUGGACACCAAGCUGAAGAUCCUGGAGAUCUUACAGGUAUGAGACUCUGUGGUACCUGAUCUUCACUCUGAUGUUCACUGGUUGGUGUAUUUGUACUUUAACAGGCUGUGUACAUGUACUUCAGUCUUAGUAAAGUGCAGACUCUAACCUGUGUACCUGUGUCUUUACGAAGUCCACCACCUGAUGAGGGUCGGCUGAAUUCACUCAUUCAUCUUUAGGGUGAAUUUUUCUGUUUUCUGCUCUUCUUCUCUUCUUCAGUUCAUCCUGAACGUCCGUCUGGAUUACCGCCUGUCCUUCCUGCUGUCCGUGUUUAAGAAGGAGUUCGUGGACGUCUAUCCCAUGGCUGAUGCUGAUGCCACCACCAACAUGGAGCACGCAGGUAGACGUCCACAAAACUCACCAAAAUGCUCAACAGGGUUUAGACAUGGAGAUAAAUUUACAGGAAUAAUUGGCCGAGCAGUCACAGCUCAGAAUUCAUGUUUGGUUAUGAUGGUAUGGUAUGGUAUGGUAUGGUCUUUAUUGUCAUUGCAACUGUGCACAACGAAAUUGCAUUUACAGAUGGGGAAAGUACACACAAGAGGGAGGGAGGGGAGGAAGUAAAAAAAGAGACUGCUCCCAUUAAUAUGAGUGCAGUGACACAUUAUAAUAAUUAGGUUAUUAUGAUAAAUUAUGAUAACUGGUUUAUAAUAGUAAAUGAUAAUCAUUAGGUUAUUAGAAUAAAUUGAAAUGAUAUGAAUUUUAUAAUAAAUUAUAAUAAUUAGGUUUUUGUAAUUUAUUUUAAAUAUAAGGUAUUUAAAAUAAAUUAAAUAAUUAGGUUAUAAUAAAUAAUAAUAAUAAUAAUAAGGUUUUAUAAUAAAUUAUAAUAACUAGGUUAUUAUAAUUCAUUAUAAUAAUUAGGUUUUAUAAUAAAUUACAAUAAUUUGGGUAUUAUAAUUUAUAAUAAUAAUUAGGUUUUAUAAUAAAUUAUAAUAAUUAGGUUUUUAUAUGAUUAUUAUAAUAAUUAGGUUUUUAUAAUUUAUUUUAAUAAUUAGGUCAUUAUAAUAAAUUAAAAUUAUUAGGUUUUUAUAAUUAUUUAUAAUAAUUAGGUUAUUAAAAUCUAUUAAAAUGAUUAGGUUUCAUAAUUAUUUAUAAUAAUUAGGUUAUUAUAAUAAAUUAAAAUUAUUAGGUUUUUAUAAUUAUUUAUAAUAAUUAGGUUAUUAAAAUCUAUUAAAAUAAUUAGGUUUCAUAAUAAAUUAUAAUAAUUAGGUUAUAAUAAUAAAUUAAAAUUAUUAGGUUUUUAUAAUUAUUUAUAAUAAUUAGGUUAUUAAAAUCUAUUAAAAUGAUUAGGUUUCAUAAUAAAUUAUAAUAAUUAGGUUAUUGUAAUAAAUUAUAAUCAUUAGGUUAUUGUAGUGAAUAAAUAUUAGAAUAGAAACCUCAAGUCUGAAAUUUGCUGCAUGCAUAUUUACACCCAUCCACCUGUGCUGUGUGUGUGCACCAUCAGAGACCUGAGCGUCAGCCCCCAUGACCUCCUGGUGUCACUAACCUUUGUGCUGUUUGUCCUUCCUCAGCCACCAUCAACCUGCAGCAGAUUGGAGAGCAGGCGGAGGCCAUGUUUGGUGUUGGGUACGAACAUCCAUGUGGAGAAUUGUAGAAGCUGAUGAAAUCUCACCAUCAGAGGCUGUUGGAAGGCAGAUGAUCUGUAGAGGUGUGUGUGUGUGUGUGUGUGUGUGUGUGUGUGUGUGUGUGUGUGUGUGUGUGUGUGUGUGUGUGUGUGUGUGCAGGAAAGGGAACAGUAUCCUGGAGGUGGACGAUGAAGGUGGUCGUAUGUUCCUGCGGGUUCUGAUCCACCUCACCAUGCACGACUACCCUCCUCUGAUCUCUGGAGCUCUACAGCUUCUCUUCAGACACUUCAGCCAGAGACAGGAAGUGCUGCACACCUUCAAACAGGUACACACACACACACACACAGAAUCAAACUGGUUUCUGACUCAGAUCCAUUUAAGACUCUGACACAGUUGAUAUGUCUGCUCCCAUAUUUGAGUUUUGGAGACGUUGGGUUUGGGACGGGUCGAGUUUGGGUCCUGGAUCUAGAAACAGUUGUUCAGGUUUAAGGGACUCGCUCAGGAAAACCAUCAAGAAUGAAGUCUGGAGGUAAAUAGUGGAAGGACGUGGAGAUGAGCCUGGGUCAGACCCGUCCAGUUAAGGUUCAGCGGAGAAGAACAUGUUGGAUCUUCAGGGUGAAAACUCGAUCAUGAGAGAAAUGUUUGAAAUAUGGCAUGAUGUGGUUAAAAAAUAUAAGUUAAGAGGAGACUGUAAGCUGUUGAUUUGGCCUUCUCAUUCCUCCAUAGUGUUGUGUCGUUCACGAACUAUUCGUUCAAAAGAAUCGAAUCUGUUAAGUGAAUGCCCUGAACCGAAUCACUUCCUCAAGCGAUCCGUUUGUUUCUCACUUCAGUUGAGCUGAAAUGAGAAAUAGCAUUGCCAGGCCAGCAGCCAGCAAACAGGGGAUAACAUGCACCAACGCCUGAAUCACUUGGUGAAAGAAUCAUGCAUUGAACUACACUCUCUGGAAUCAUUUUUGUCAGACAAAAUUAACUUUUUUUUCUGCUAAAUUGCCACCACAACAACUUUUAUACAAUAGGACACAGCAUGUAACAAGUGGUGCAUUAAAGCUGCAGCAUCCUAUCACCGCAGCGGUUUGUGAGGGAACAGUGCAUGUUCAGUGAGAAUUCUCUUAAACAUUCAGUGAACGAAUCACUUACUGAGACCAAUUUACUGAGUAGACCUGGUAAAUAGCAUACCAUAGGACAGUACAUUUAAAAUAUCAUGACUUAUAAACAAGUUCAUUUUUACAAACCUGUUUGUCAAAGCAACACAGACAAACACUCUCGUCUGCCGGUCCCAGAAGCUAUGAUCUGAACUGAAUCCUGAAUCAUUCAGCUGUGUAUCAGUUCAGGAGGUCGGAGUCACAGGCUUCUCCCUAACUGAUUCCAUCAUUUGGUGAUCGAAUCUUUUGAAUGAAUAUUUUUAGUGAACUGAUUCUAGAGAUUUAGUACAUCUAAAAGAACUGCUGUGCCCAUCACUAUUCCUCCAAGUUCAGAGCAGAGACAAAGGGAAUAACAGCUCCAUGUACACUGGUAGAUAAAUGACAUUUUCAAUUAUUUAGACAACUUAAACAUGAGUUUGGAAAAAAGAGAUCUAUUCAAGUCCCUUUAAUGGAGACACUUUUAUGAGACAGAAAUGAAGAAGGAAAUCUCAUUGGAAGGAAAUGAUGUGAUUGAGGUGUUGACAGAGGAAUCGUCUCUAAACUGUACAAGGGUCUUUUGUCCAUGUAGAUUCUCAUUCAUCCAGGUCAUGGUUAUCUUGAAGACUUAAAAAACAGGCAACUGGACUGUGUAGAGUUGAGAAGACGUUUCGCCUCUUAUCCAAGAAGCUUCUUCAGUUCUAAAUUGCUAGUGUGAGGAGCAGAUAUUUAUCUUGCUGGAGAAGGGGACAGACAACCUGUGGAUACCCUAAGAUGACCUGUGGAUACCCUAAGUGGGCCUUUGUGAAGAACAAAAAGAGAAAUAACACUGAACACGAAAGGGAUGAGAGACGCAAGAGCACUGUAAUCCCUUACGUUGCAGGCCUGUCGGAAAAACUCAAGAGGAUCUUUGGCAAACACCAUAUUCCUGUUCAUUUCAAGCCUGGUAACACACUAAGGCAGAAGCUAGUCCAUCCCAAGGACAAAACACAGAGACAUAAACAGAGUAAUGUGGUGUAUGCUGUCCAGUGCAGCCAGUAAUGCUCAGACCUGUACAUUGGGGAAACUAAACAACUGCUUCACAAGCGCAUGGCUCAACACAGGAGAGCUACUUCCUCAGGUCAGGACUCAGCUGUCCACCUUUACUUAAAGGACACGGGUCACUCUUUCGAGGACAGCAAUGUACAGGUGUUGGCUAGAGAAGACAGAUGGUUUGAAAGAGGAGUUAAAGAAGCCAUCUUUGCCAGACUGGAGAAACCUUCUCUGAACAGACGGGGUGGACUCAGGCACAAUCUCUCCCGCACUUACAAUGCAGUUCUCAGCUUUCUCCCCAGGAAGCUCCACAAACAUUCACACCUGGGACCACAUGACCCAGGUUUCGUGGUCACAUGACAGGGGUCAUUAACGACCCUUUCAGGUUAACGACUAUUAAUUUAGAACUGAAGAAGUUUCUUGGAUAAGAGGCGAAACGUCUUCUCAACUCUACACAGUCCAGUUGCCUGUUUUUUAAGUCUUCAAGAUAAGGGUCUUUUGAAACAACAGGGAAGAAAUACAGAGAAUAUAAAAGUGAAAGAGGAAAAAGAAUUCAAUAUUGAGUUGUCUGGGAGUGAUUGACAGAACGUAUUUAAGACCCAACAAACAUCGACCAGCUCUAAAAAAAUGGAGGGAGUUUGGUUGGAAAAAUUAAACAUGUUUUUUUAUUAUUACACCCAAAAUCAAAAAUAAACAAUUAGGCCAACAACAAUAUUGCUGGAGAAACUGAAUGCCAACCAUUCUGAUAUGUUUUGGUCUUUUUGGGAGGAAGUUUGAAGAGCUAUGGGUGAAAUUUUUGAAUAUAAUUUCCUAAGGAUCCUCGGUUUAUUUGUGUUAAUAACAUAAUUUGUCUAGCACUUUUAAAAAACAGAUGUUUAUAAAGUGCUUUGACAUGUAGAGCACAAGGAAAAAGACAAAUCAAAACAAAAAGCUUAGUUAAAACAUAUUUGAAGGCCAUUUUCAUGUCAUAGUGAACCCAGACAAUACAAGAACCAUGCAACAUAAAAUGAGAACAUGAGGACCAAAAUAAAAACAUAAAAUAGGUAAGAAAAAAGGAAAAUGCAAUUAAAAGGGAGGACGAAAGCGGGAACGAGAUAGUAGAUAUAAAAGGCAAUAUCAACAAUGAUAAUAAAAUAAUAAGUAACAAUGAUAUAAAAGUAAAAGAGGUAAAAGAGAUAAAAGAUGACAGAUCAAAGAUAGAGAUAAAAGAGAAAAGCAAGUCUGUAAAAGUGACUUUUUAAAUUUGACUUAAAAAGAAGCGACUGUCUUUGCUGUACGCCUUAUCUCCUCUGGCAGGUCGUUUCAAAGUCGAGGAGCUCUGAUGGAGAAAGCUCUAUCACCUUUAGUUUUGAGUCUCAACUUUGGAACGACCAGGAGGCCUUCAUCAGAGGAUCUGAGGCUGUGAGUUGGCUCAUAUGGUAUUAAAAGCUCUGAAAUGUAGCUUGGAGCAAGUCCUUCCAGUGCUUUAAACGUAAUCAAUAAAAUCUUAAAAUCACUUCUCAAACUGACAGGAAGUCAGUGAAGGGAGGCUAAAAUUGGAGUGAUGUGAUGCCAUCAACUAAAACCAGUUAAAAGCCGAGCUGCUGCAUUCUGAACUGGUCUGAGGAGGGAGUUACAGAAGUCCAGCCUUGAGAAGAUGAAAGUGUGGAUUAUUUUUUUCGAGGUCUGGUGGGGUGAGUAUUUGUUUGAUUUUUGAAAUGGAGCGCAAGUAAAAAAAGCAGGACUGGACAAUCUUGUUGAUAUGGGUGGAGAAGGUGAGGUCUGAAUCAAAGGUUACUCCCAGAUUUCUGGCUGUUGGUUUGAUGAUUAAUGAAUGUGGACCGAGACAGGACUGUUUGAUGGGGAAUUUUGUGUAUUACAGGGAAUGAUUUCAGAUUUUGAAUAAUUUAGCUGAAGGAAAUUUUGUGCCAUCCAAAGGUUAAUGUCACUUAGAUAGUCCAUGACAGCAGCUAGGCUUCUUGGGUCCUCAGGUCUCAAAGGAAGGUAUAUCUGUGUGUCCUCUGCAUAACAGUGAAAGGAGACUUGGUGGCGCUGAAUUAAUUGGCCGAGGGGCAGCAUAUUGAUAGAAAAUAAAAUUAGACCUAAAACUGAACCUUGUGGUACAAGUAAAGAAAAUGUAAGAAGUAAAGAAGACAUAUACCUGUUCAAGAUCCAAAGUAGGCCAUUACUAGAAGUGGCUGAGAACUGAAGCACCUGGACUGAACCAAUGACUGGACUCUGUAGAAGAAAUUCGAUCAAUGGAACAAACGAUCUUCAGUCUUAGAAUGAAAACAGAGCUAUACACUGGAAGAUGGAUGAAAUGACAUUUUUAGGUUACAGAGUCGUGUUUGCCCUCCUUUAUUGGAAAAAAUCAAAUAAAAAAGUCUACAGGUAAACUUAUCAGGAUGGUCAAACAUCACCAGGAUGAAGCUCCAAUCAAAUCAGAGAUCUGAACCCUGGAGCUCAGAUGAAGUCUGAUGUUACCAGGAUGUAGAAGAAGCUUGAAUCUGAAACAGGUUUCUUUGCUUCUGCAGGUCCAGCUGCUGAUCUCCUCUCAGGAUGUGGAGAACUACAAACUGAUCAAGUCCGAUCUGGAUCGUCUGCGUACGCUGGUGGAGAAGUCGGAGCUGUGGGUAGAGAAGAAGAGCUCAGGUGGAGGAGAAGGAAAGAAGGACAAGAAAGAGAAGAAGGAGAAGGUGGAGGUGAGGAGGUCAAACAUUCAAACAUCUAAAAGAACGUCUGUGAGGAAGUUUGAGGGACAAACUAAAGAUCUGAAGGUCCAAAGAUCUUCAUGUUUAGAUGUGUCCUCCAAAAAAACAGCUAAUCUGGGAAAACAGUGAGAACUGAGACCAGGACUGAGAGAGGAGGAGGGAGGUGGAAACAGGGACUCGAGUCAGUCGGCGAGAGAGGGGGAAUUAUUUAUUCUGUCAUUUAAAGGGCUCAUUAUUCAUUCAGUCGGAGAGAGUGUGAAUUAUUCAUUCAGUCAUUAAUUCAUUCAGUCAGAGAGAGGGUGAAUUAUUCAUUCAGUCAUAGAUUCAUUCAGUCAGAGGGAGGGUAAAUUACUCAUUCAGUCAUUUAUAGGGUUCAUUAUUCAUUCGGUCAUAAAUUCAUUCAGUCAUAAAUUUAUUGUCAUAAAUUCAUUCAGUCAUUUCUAGGGUUCAUUAUUCAUUCAGUCAUAUUCAUUCCUCUUAUAUUCAUUCAGUCAUAUACAGGGUUUAUUUUUCAUUAAAAAAAUGAGUAUACUGGGUUAUACAGAGUCAUACGGGGUUCAUUAUUCAUUCAGUCACAUAUAUAUUUAUUCAGUCAUAUACAGGGUUAAUUUUUCAUUCCGUCAUAAAUUCACUCAGUCAUAGAUUCAUUUAGUCAUAUACAGGGUUCAUUAUUCAUUCAGUCAUAUAUUCAGUCAUAUAUUUCUCAGAUGUUAGUCCUCCUCAGGUUCCUGCUGGUCUCUCAGGUUUAUCAGGUUCUGGUAUUCUGGGCUCGUAGCUGAUUCUUCAUGAGAUUUUUAUUCAGUUGGACUCAAAGUUCAGAUCAGUUUGGACCGGGUCACCUGGUUCUGUAGUGAAAUGUUCUGCUCCAGUUUGGACCAGGUAACCGUACUAUUUUUGGUUCUGUUGUGAAAUGUUAACGGCAGAAAGGCACUGAAGCACCAAUAGUUAAUGGUUCUGAUCCAAAAUGCUGUUAGUUUCAGACUCAAACAGGAUCCUGAUGAACGAGUGAACCCUGAUUCCAGAGGAAAAGCCUCAUAAUUACGAACGCCACAUGUUUGUGUUUUUAAUGAAGUUUUUGAGUCUUUCUUGAGAUGUUCUGGAUGGUUUCUUUACAAAUCGAUUUAUUUCUUUUCAACAUUAAAACAGUAAAAAAAAAUCACUCUAAAUAAAGUUAAUUAUAUAACACAGUAUCAUCAGCGUAAAGCUUUGAAUCAACAGACAGGGAGUUUAGGAGUUUCUGUGAAAUCUUCUAAGUUUUAUCUUGACGUCUGGGUGACUGAAAAAAAAAAAACAGGUUUUUGUUAUAUGAUCUCAAAAAUGUUUGAAAAAGAAAUCCCAGCACUGUAUCCUCAGACUGUUUCAGCCGUUCACCUGACUGUGUGACUCUAUUAUUUUGUCUCGUAGACUCACAAAGUCUUGGUUUGAGAUGAACAGGUGAUUUUACUCAUGAACUUGUUUCUAGUCUGCAUGUGUUCAUAUUUAAAGGAGGAGGACUGUGUGUUGUAUAGUAGAGUAUCAUCAGCAUAAAGCUUUACAUGAUAGAUAGAGAGUUUAGUUAUUACUGCAUCAUCAUUGGUUUAUCUGUUAAAUAACUCAUUAAAUGAAAACUUUGACUUGUUUCUAAUCACUGAACAAAAAAACUUUCUUUUGUCUUUCGGACUCACAAACUGUGUUUAUUUUUAUCUUUCCAAGGCUGAGCUGAACUUGAUCAUUUAAACACAAACCCAGUUUUUUGGGAUCUUACAGUGAACAGUGUGUGAAGCUGUUUUAAUCUUGUUAAAGAAGAGGGUGAAGUGGGAUGUGGCUGCUCUGUUUAUCACAGUAUCGUCAUCGUAGAGCUUUACAUUCAGAGAAAAAAAGCUUGGAUGGUGAAAAAGUGAUUGCUUCAUUUUUACAGACUUUCUGUUUCAAAACUAAUUUAGUGCUUUUUGAUCUGCUUUAAAUCCAAAGUGCUGUUAAAAGAUAAUAACUGUGUUUAACCACUAACCAAUGAACUAACAGGAAUUCGGCAGAAGAAAGAAAGACGUGCUUGGUGAUCUAACGUUAAUUAAUUCGCAGAACGCUUCUCAUCAAACUAAUUAACUCAACAGAAUCCAAAUUUGAGGUUCUGAAGCUUUGCAUCCUGGUUCUGGAUUCAAUCUGACUUAAAUUUGGUGCUGGUCUCUGUGGGGUCUGAGGUGAAUCUAUGUGGACCUGGUUUCAUGGUUGGUUUGGGACUUUGGCUGCAUGUCUCAUCUACUCUCUGUCUGUUUUGAUUUUUUGACUGUGAAAGUGUUUUGCAGCUCCACUGUGUCACCAUCAAACAUCUCAAACUCCAGUUUGUUCAUCGCUCAGUCUGACUGAUCCUCAGCAGUGAUUUUGUUUUUCUUUUUGGGCUUUUUUUGAAUUCAGAUUGUUUGUUCCUUUAGGUCAGGACUGAGCGAUGUUACCGUGUCUGAUCAUAAAACAGUUUCUUAGCAGGUCUCAAUGCCAAUCACACACCUCAUUUACACUUUUGUUCAAGAUUUUGGGAUAUUUUUCUGCUGCUACUCAGCCAUGUAGAAGAACUGCAUCCCUACUUUGGUUUCCCAGACAAAGCUCUUACAGUUUCAUCUUCUUUUAUUAAUUUAAUAUUUAUCCAAACAAAUGGAUCAUUUUUAGGGAGCUAAAGGACUCUGUAAAAGUUCAUUUCACAUCAAUAUCGUUAAGGCCCGCCUUGAAAUACUCUGGAACUAAAGUGCAGACUGUAAUAUUGGAUCAUGUUCAUGUGUCACUGAUGAGAAAACAAACGAGGCUUUAACGGCAGAGUUAGACAAGGGAUCGAAGUGUUUAGAGUAGUAACACACCCAGAGAGUUGCAUAUUCUGUCUUACUGUCUGAAUCCUCUAGGUGGCAUCAGAGGACGUGACGCCAAAGAAGGAGAAAAACGAUAAAGGCAACGAGAACUACCAGAAAGUCAAAGAGGUGAGAAACUCUGUCUCAUUUCCUGUUUUUCUUCAAGUCUAUUCGGGUUUUUGGGGGUCUCAUUUUUCAUUGUGGUGUAUCUAAAGUUUACUUUCAUGGAAUCAACUGUCAGUCAAUCACUGUGGGAGUGGCUAAUGGCUCUGUCUGCCAAUGAGGUCCCGGAUGAGGUGCUCCUGUCUUUGUUUUCUUGGAAUUAAAAGGCCUCAGAGCCAGCAACCAGAAUCCUGGUUUUCAGGUGAAUCUACUGAAUAAGUCUGAAAGAAAACCCUGUCAGUGAUCUACUGCUCGGGUCGUUAGUGUCAGUUCUCAUCACCUUCAAAAUAAAAAUGAGAAACAGAAAAAAUGACAUUCUUAUGGAAUUACAGACACAGUAAAAACACAAAUUUUGUCUGUAUGUGGUUAGAAAAAAACUCAAACUUGUGAAGCUGUUUUAUGUGAUCUUAUGAGAACUAAUGAGAAAUGAGACAUAAAAAAUUGAGCGUUCAUACAGUUUCCUCCUGCUAAUUUUCUAAACAGAAGAUUAGUAUAAAUAAAAUAAACACCAGGGUCACAUUUAUUUACAGAGACGUCGAGAUCUGCUUUUCAUUUGUUGUUGGUUGAGCAGCUUAAGAAUGAAACUGAGACCUGACAGAUUAAAACUGUGAAACUGAGACCUGACAGACUGAAAUUGUGAAACUGACACCUGACGGACCAAUACUGUAAAACUGACACCUGAUGGACAAAAACAAUAAAACUGAGACCUGAAAGACAAAAUCAGUGAAACUGAGACCUCAUGGAAAAAACAAUGAAACUGAGAUCUGAUAGACUAACACAGUGAAACUGAGACCUGACAGACAAAAUCAGUGAAACUGAGACCUGACUGACUGAAUCAGUGAAACUGAGACAUGACAGACAAAAACAAUGAAACUGAGACCUAAUGGACAGAAACAGUAAAACUGAGACCUGAUGGACAAAACAGUAAAACUGAGACCUGAUAGACUGAAACAGUGAAACUGAGACGUGACAGACAAAACAGUUCGACUGAGACCUGACAGAAAAAACAGUAAAACUGAGAUCUGAAAGAAAAAAGGUGAAACUGAAACUUGACAGACAAAAACAGUGAAACUGAGACUCGAUGGACAGAAACAGUAAAACUGAGACCUUGAUAGACAGAAACAGUGAAACUGAGACCUGAUGGACAAUAACAAUAAAACUGAGACCUGAUAGACUGAAACAGUGAAACUGAGACCUGCCAGACAAGAACAGUUAAACUGAGACCUGAUGGACAAAAACAGUGAAACUGAAAUCUGAUAGACGAAAACAGUGAAACUGAGGCCUGACAGACUGAAACUCUGAAAACUGAGACCUGACUGACUGAAUCAGUGAAACUGAGACCUGACAGACAAAAACAAUGAAACUGAGACCUGAUGGACAGAAACAGUAAAACGGAGACCUUGAUAGACAGAAACAGUGAAACUGAGACCUGAUGGACAAAACAGUAAAACUGAGACCUGAUAGACUGAAACAGUGAAACUGAGACGUGACAGACAAAACAGUUCAACUGAGACCUGAUGGAAAAAAACAGUGAAACUGAGAUCUGAAAGAAAAAAGGUGAAACUGAAACCUGACAGACAAAAACAGUGAAACUGAGAUGUGAUGGACAGAAACAGUAAAACUGAGACCUUGGUAGACAGAAACAGUGAAACUGAGACCUGAUGGACAAAAACAGUAAAACUGAGACCUGAUAGACUGAAACAGUGAAACUGAGACCUGCCAGACAAGAACUGUUAAACUGAGACCUGAUGGACAAAAACAGUGAAACUGACAUCUGAUAGACAAAAACAGUGAAACUGAGGCCUGACAGACUGAAACUCUGAAACUGAGACCUGACUGACUGAAUCUGUGAAACUGAGACCUGACAGACAAAAACAAUGAAACUGAGAUCUGAUAGACAAAAACAGCGAAACUGAGACCUGACAGACAAAAACAGUGAAACUGAGACCUGAAAACUCCAGUCCAUCAUUGGACAGUCCAACACCUUAGACCUUAUUCAUCUCCAGAUGAAGUCCUGAUCACAUCAUCUUUAUAGACUCAGUCCAACAACAUCCACAGUAAAUCAAAUACAGUUUUACAGCAACAUAAAAUUAGGUUCACAUUUUUUCAAUUUUCAUGUCUGAUUACAGACAUAAGGAGAAAACUCUAACCUUCAGUGUUUACACUCUGAGUUUAUAUGUGUCUGUAUUUGAAAUGAAACUCUGUCUUUGUCACCAUCGUAGAGAUACUUUCAUAGAUUAUCAUUUAACAACCUUUUUUCAGCUAAACAUCUAUGAUCACGUUUGUUCUGCAGAUUUGUUGCAUGAUGACCUAGAAAUAUAAAUGUAAAUCCUAUAAUGACGCUCAUAGAUGUGUGUUUGUUGCUCACCCCCUCUCCCCUCACUGUUUCCCUCCCCCCCUGUAGAUCCUGGAGAGGUUGAAUAAGAUGUGCAGCACUGGAGUUUGGAAGAAGCAGCAGAGGUUGUUGAAGAACAUGGGAGCUCAUAAAGUGAUGUUGGACCUGCUGCAGGUGUCCUACGACCAGGUGAGGAAGGCCCCGCCAAAAUAAAAGCCUCUGGACAGAUUCACAGAUGUAGGAUUCAGAUCAGUUUGUCCCUGAAGAUGUGAAAGUCAUCAUGGUCCUUGAAAUAGGAAGAACGUGUUUUUAUCAUCUUUUUGGGACCGGCACGUUGAAGUGACUCAGAAACUGAUUUCUCUCCAAGUUCAGCGUCUCAUCUCUCCCUUUGUUUGUCUGCAGAACGAUGUGAAGAUGCAGGAGAUCAUCAGGUACACUCAUCUGUUCCUACAGAAGUUCUGUAUGGGGAACCAGGAAAACCAGGCUCUGCUGCACAAGAACCUCAACCUCUUCCUCAACCCUGGGGUACAACGCUCACUUCCCUCACUCUAAUUGGUUGAAAAUGAGAAAAAAGUAGUGUGGAAAAAAAACCUGACUGUCCAAAGUCUGACCUGCAAAAUCCUUCAGAUGAACUCCAGAGUUGAUCCAACUCCAGCGUCUGGUUUGGAUUUAACCCUUUGAGUCAUUUUAACCCUUUGAGUCGUUUUAACCCUUUCACUUGCUUUAACCCUCUGAGUCGUAUUAACUCUCUGAGUCGUUUUAACUCUCUGAGUCGUUUUAACCCUUUAUGUCAUUUUUACCCUCUGAGUCGUGUUAAUUCUCUGAGUCGUUUUAACCCUCUGAGUCGUGUUAAUUCUCUGAGUCAUUUUAACCCUUUGAGUCGUUUUAACCCUUUCACUCGCUUUAACCCUCUGAGUCGUAUUAACUCUCUGAGUCGUUUUAACCCUUUGAGUCGUUUGAACCCUUUAUGUCAUUUUUACCCUCUGAGUCGUGUUAAUUCUCUGAGUCGUUUUAACCCUCUGAGUCGUUUUAACCCUUUGAGUCAUUUUAACCCUUUGAGUCGUGUUUUUUGUUUGGUGGUCGAAAAUUAAGCAUCACUUUCAGAUUAAAUGGAUUUCAGGAUUUGUUUUUUUCACAUCGUAUUUUUGGGUUAGUAACCAGGCGACAGAUGACCAACACAGACCGUUACCCUUCCCUCUUCCUCUUCCUGCAGCUGUUAGAAGCAGAGACAGUUCAGCACAUCUUCAGCAACAACUACCAGCUCUGCACCGAGAUCUCGGAGAGCGUCCUGCAGCACUUCAUCCACUGUCUGGCCACGCAUGGCCGCCACGUCCAAUACCUGAACUUCCUCCACACCAUCAUCAAGGCAGAGGGGAAGUACGUGAAGAAGUGUCAGGACAUGAUCAUGACCGAGGUGAGGACCAGAGGCGGGGUGGCGUUGGAGAUGGCAUCAGUGAGUUUCUGGGGACAUGACGAUGACGCUGUUUUCUCUCUGCAGCUCACAAACGCGGGGGAGGACGUGGUCGUCUUCUACAAUGACAAAGCCUCCUUCAACGUCAUGCUGGAGCUGAUGGCCGAGAGCAGGGAGGGGGUGGGAGAGACCAGCCCGCUCAGGUAACCUCCACACCUGUCUGCUGAAAACAAAUAUCAGAUAUUUACUGCAUGAAAAGAAUUAUUCUUUGAACCAACGCAGUCCUGGUCAGGACCAGGAACACCCAGAGAAACAUCUGGAAACAUCUGGUUUGUAACCCUCCUCAGACUUUGGGGGUUUUAAGAGGUCCAUGUUGGAGGAGCUCUCUUCUCUGCCUCUCUGUGAAGGACUUGACCAGAUGAAGACCUCCUGGAGGUCAUUAGUUGUGUUUAAAGGGUUUCAGGGUCUAGAGUGUCCUCCUCUGUCUUCUUCUGGACAGGUAUCACAUCUCCUUGGUGGAGCUGUUGGCGGCGUGUGCGGAGGGCAAGAACGUUUACACGGAGAUCAAAUGUACGUCACUGCUGCCGCUGGAGGAUGUGGUCAGAGUGGUGACGCACGAGGACUGUAUCACUGAGGUACAGAGAGCAUGUGUGUGCGUGUGGGUGCGUGUGUGUGUGGAGGUCAUCACGAGGUUGUAGAGAUCUCUUCAUGAACUGAAAUGACAGAAGGUCUUAGAGGACAGAGGGACUCUGAGACCUUCUCUGUGUUCAUCUGUCUGUCUGGUUCCGCCUGCAGGUGAAGGUGGCCUACGUGAACUUUGUGAAUCACUGCUAUGUGGACACUGAGGUGGAGAUGAAGGAGAUAUACACGUCCAAUUACAUCUGGAAGCUCUUUGAGGACUUCACGGUGGACAUGGCCCGGGUAAGAGCUCGGUUCUGCUCCGCAUGGACACAGCAACAGUUCUCCUCACACACACAGUUUAUGUGUGUGUGUGUGUGUGUGUGUGUGUGUGUCUGCAGGUGUGUAAUAAACGGGAGAAGCGUCUGUCUGACCCCAUCCUGGAGAAGUACAUCAUCAACGUGGUCUUUGACACCAUCAGUGCCUUCUUCAGCUCGCCGUUCUCUGAGAACAGCACGUCUCUGCAGGUCAGGACCAUGAUGCUCUCUGCUGAUUGUCCGUGAGCGAGGACGUCAGACUUUGACCACCUGAAGGUCCAGGAUCUUACCUGUCUCUGUGUUUGUUUCAGACUCAUCACACCAUCGUGACCCAGCUGCUCCAGUCCUCCGUCAGACUGUUGGACUGUCCCUGGCUGCAGCAGCAACAUCGAGGACAGGUGGAGACCUGCAUCAGGACGCUCGCCAUGACAGGUAACACAUGCCAUGACAGGUAACACACACACACACACACACACACACACACUAUCUAUAAACCAGGGCCAGAAAGUUCCAAUUCCCAGUAGGGAGACCGGGGCUUGUUGUCACAUGGGUAAGUUGUCACAUUGCAAUUAUCUUUGCCACCAGAGGGCGCAACUAAAAAGUGGAGAAAAAUGGUGAUUUAAAGGAGAGGAGAAAGUGAGAAGACAUGGUCAAGAAUUAGAAAAGAAAAACUGGACAUGUCAGUGCAGUUCCUGACGUGAUGCUGAGGACAGUCCGACAGGUGACCCUCGCUAAUAAAUCAAUCUGGAGGACAAUAAAAGACUUAAAUGUCAACUAUUAUACCUUGGCUCGGUACUGCAAAACAUUCACCCUAGCUGAAAUGCUCGGAAACCAUCAAACCUGAAUGAACUAGAGAGGUUUUGUAAAGAGGAAUGGUCCAAAAUACCUCCAAACAGAAUCCAGACUCUCAUAGGAAGCUAUAGGAAGCGUUUAGAAGCUGUUGUUUCUGCAAAAGGGGGAUCUAAUAAAUAUUGAGUUAAUUUUUUUAUUGUGGUGCCCAAAUUUAUGCACCUGCCUAAUUUUGUUUAAACAAUUAUUGCACACUUCCUGUAAAUCCUAUGAACUUCAUUUCACUUCUCAAAUAUCACUGUGUUUGUCUCCUAUAUGAUAUAUUUAAAGGGGACCUGCCAUCAAAAUGUAAUUUUGUGUGUUUUUUGUGUCAGAUAAGGUCCAUAUUAUGUUCGUCUUAUGUUGUAAAUGUGAAAACAAACCGUUACGUCGUUUGCAUUCUGUAAAGGUUUAAAAUAAAGGAACGGGUAAACCAGGCCAAUUGAAAAAGCAGGUCCAUUAUUAUAAUUCACGAGCGCGUCCUCGGUGAGCCGCGCCCACUCUCUCGUUCUCGAACUCAUUCACAGUCAACAUCACUCUCCAGCCAGAGCGAGACCCAGCUACCACUGUACCCGCUAUGGGUCUCUUCCAAACGACCGGUGUUUCCUUGGGUUCACUGCUGGGAAAAUGAACUUAAAGCCGGGCAGAAUGAAUGAAAAAACACCGCUGGAGAUCUCCAGCUUCUUCUUCAACUUCCACCUCCUCUUCGGACUCGGGGUUUAAAAUAUAUGGUUUAAUACCUGCCAUUUGUAGCCUUUAGCAUAAGGUGACCAGACGUCCCCGAUUUCCGGGGACAGUCCCCGUAUUGGAUGACCUGUCCCCGGCAAAAGCUGUCCCCGAAAAUGUCCCUGAUUUAAGCGUUUCAUGAAUGAGAGCAAAAAUGUUGCGUGUGGGCUCGAACAAUGGUUAUUACAGUAGCCGAAUGGGUAGGAAGCACAAGUAAGCAGUCCUGAACAACAGUUCUUACGGGGUUAUUACAAGGGGCAUGCGCUGCUACUAAAUAGUACCGAGACUUUGUCUGUGAUCACACAGCCCCUGCAGCCCCUGCACCCUUCCUGCCACACCGAAUAUACCCGCAUAUCAUUACAGACAUCUGAGCACCUUACUUUAGCACACAUUAGCAAAAUGGAUAAACCGAAAUCCGAACCUCCACUGCUGAGCCAAUCAGAGCACAGCAGGCUUCACAGCAGCGAUUUAAUCAGAGCAAAGCUCAUUACCAUUAAUGUUAAUGAGCCAAAAUCAGUUGGUUUUCCUGUAAGGUUUGUUAGGCAUACUAAAACAAACCAUCAAAUAACUUUUAAGCUAAAAUUGUGUUGCAAGUUAACGUGAUCAGAGGACAUCAAGGAUUAUGAAAAAAUUAUAAAAAUGGGUAUGAAAUUUUGAUGGCAGGUCCCCUUUAACUGAUUUUUUUUAAUCCCAAGAACCAAUGAUUUAUGAAGGAAAAUCAUGAAAAUUAACAAGGUUGCCCAAACUUUCGCAUCCCACUGUAUAAGAAUGUAAAAAGUGUGACAACAAGCCCCGGUCUCCCUUACAUAUAGUCUGUGUAAAGACCUGAAGCAGUUGUCAGGAGGAACAUCUCUGCUCUCAUGUUGUUGUUGGAGAUGAAAGUUCUGCUCUCAUAAUGGUCUAACGGUUCUUCUCUCUCCAGCUAAGAGCCGGUCCAUCGCCCUACCUCUGGACCUGGAGGCUCAGAUCAGUUCCAUGUUGUCCUCCUCGGCUCUGAAUUCUCUGUCCCGCUCCAACCCAAACUACAAAUCCUCGUCCCGCUCCUCCAGACCCAUCGCUCCCAGCAACCCCUGGGAUUACAAGAACAUCAUAGAGAAACUACAGGUCCCAGAAACACAGACACAGCAACACUGCUACCUGAUGGUUCAUCAGAGACAUUACAACCUGAUCAUCAGAUCUUUAGAGUGCCAAAACACAAUAAUAAUCUGUCCUUCAAUUUAGAUAAUCCGUCCUGUUUAGAAAAUCUGACCUUCAGUUUAGAUAAACUGUCCUUCAGUUUAGAUUAUCUGACCUUCAGUUUAGAUAAUCUGUCUCUCAGUUUAGAACAUCUGACCUUCAGUUCAGAUAAUCUGACCUUCAGUUUAGAUAAUCUGUCUUUCAGUUUAGAAAAAUCGACCUUCAAUUCAGAUAAUCUGACCUUCAGUUUAAAUAAUCUGACCUUCAAUCUAGAUAAUCUGACUUUAAAUUUAGAAAAUCUGACCAUCAUUUUAGAAAAUCUGCCCCUUAGUUUAGAAAAACUGACCUUCGGUUUAGAUAAUCUGACCUUUAGUUUAGAUAAUCUGAACUUCAGUUUAAGAAAUUUGACCUUCAAUUUAGAUAAUCUGACCUUCAGUUUAAAAUAUUUGACCUUUAGUCUAGAAAAUCUGACCUUAAAUUUAGAUAAUCUGACUUUCAUUUUAGAUAAUCUGACCUUCAGUCAAAAUAAAUUUAAUCUUUAGUUUAGAUAAUCCGACUUUCAGUUUAGCUAACUUGAUUUUGGGUUAAGAUAAUCUGACCUUCAAUUUAGAUAAUCUGACCUUCAGUCAAAAUAAUCUGACUCUUCAGUUAAGAUGAUUUUACCUUUAAUUUGGAUAACCUGACCUUCAAUUAAAAUAAUCUGACUUUGAGUUUAGAUAAUCUGACUUUCAGUUUAGAUUAUCUGAUCUUCAGUCAAGAUAAUCUGACUCUUCAAUUUAAAUAAUCUGACCUUCAAUCAAAAUAAUCUGACUCAAAAUUUACAUAUUUUGACCUUCAAUUUAGGUAAUCUGACCCUUCAGUUUAGAUAAUCUGACCCUUCAUUUAGAUAAUCUAAUUCUACAAUUUAAAUAAUCUGACUCAUUAGUUAAGAUUAUCUGACCUUCAAUCAAGAUAAUCUUACUCUUCAAUUUAGAUAAUCUGACUUUUUCUUUGGAUAAUCCAAUUUUCAGUUUAAAUAAUCUGACUUUUAGUAUAGAUAAUCUGACCUUCAGUUUGGAUAAUCUGACUUUCAAUCAAGAUAAUCUAACCCUUCAAUUUCGAUAAUCUGACUUUAAUUUUACAUAAUCUGACUCUUCAAUUUGGAUAAUCUGACUUUCAAUCAAGAUAAUGUAACCCUUCAGGUUCGAUAAUCUGACUUUAAAUUUAGAUAAUCUGACUCUUCAAUUUAGAUAAUCAGUUUAGAUUAUCUGACUUUAAAUUUGGAGAAUCUGAUUUUCAGUCAAGAUUAACUGACUCUUUAGUUUAAAUAAUUUGACCUUCAGUUUACAUAAUCUGACUCUUUAGUUUAGAUAAUCUCUGUGCACACAGAUGAUGGUUGAAGUUUGUUGAAUUCUUAUGGGUUUCUUCUUCAGGACAUCAUCAACACCCUGGAGGAGCGUCUCAAACCGUUGGUGAACGCGGAACUCUCUGUGUUGGUCGACGUUCUCCAUCAGCCUGAGCUUCUCUUUCUGGAGGGAACCGACGCAAGACAGCGCUGCGAGUCAGGAGGGUUCAUCUCCAAGUAGGUUCUUCAGAGUCCGACAGUACUGCAGAACACACACACACACACACACACAGCUGUAUCAGAGAGUAAUGCUGGUGUGUGUCUCCACAGGUUGAUCCAGCACACUAAGGCUCUCAUGUCCUCAGAUGAGAAGUUGUGUAUUAAAGUUCUGAGGAUCCUUCAGGAGAUGCUGAUCAGGACUCUUGACUUCGAUGAGAAGGUCAGUCAGGAAAUUUGAAACCUCUGAAUCACACUUUCCGAUCUUUUUUUUUUACUACUUAAAAUUUUCUCAGAGGUCUUUAAAUUGGGAUUAUGAAGUUUUUAGUCAAAAUCUCAUUACUUGUGUCAUUUUUAAGGUCUUUUCUUCCGCAGAGCUCCAGCAGCUCAUUAGUAAUUCGCCUCUGAGUCGUGGGCGGAGUCAGUGCUGCUCUGACCACUCCUCUUCAUGCUAGUUUAUAGCUGAACAUUGUCAGUGUAGUAGAAGUGAUUGGUAACAUAACAGACAUUCAGCUCUGAGACACUAAUGUCUUUGAGGACAUGGUUAAAGUUAAUAUAAUUAGCUGCAGAGCAUUACAAUCCACUAACGCACACGCUCAGUCCGCCAUCGUCGUCUCUGUUUCUCGGGGUCUCGGGGGCGAAGGGCGGAGCUUGGAAUUGUGAUAAAGAAAAUCCUUCAGUGUCUGAACCUUUGGGUCUGUGAGAAAAAUACUGAGAUGUGAAGAAAAGAAAAACUUAGUUUUAAAUUGAAAUUUAAAUUUAGUUUUUUCUCAUGAAGUGUCAAAAAAUGAUCUUUGAACAUGAAGACGAUCAGAAGAACGUGAGUUUCAUUGUAGUGAGUCUUUGAGGGUUUCAGUUGGACAAAUUCUUUGAUCUGAAGGAGGUUAAAGUUCUGAGGAGGAUCAUCUCAGCUUAGAAAUAAGGUUUCUGCAAUCUCAUCUACUGCAGAGAAGUCAACACAGACAGAGGAGAGCUGACGGAGGUUUUUAAGGAGAAAGAAAGUGACUUCUUUUUCUUCUACUCCUUCUUCUUCUUCUUCCCCUCCAUCUCCUCUGUCUUAUUCUCCACUCUUCUUCUUGUGUUUCAGGGUAUCUCGCUGAGGAAGGUGUUACUGCAGAACUAUUUGUAUCCAAACAGGAAGAACAACCAGAAGAACGACCUGGCCGAGCUCGGAGCUGCAGGUAGCUUCAGACUUUUCCUCACUCAGUGUUUAGAAGAAGUUUCUUCAAAGUUCCUGCUGAAGACUUGGCUGACCCCUCCAGAUUGAACCCAUGUCUCUCAAACAGGAACAAAGUUGACUUUCUACUGUCAACAUCAGCAUUCUUAAUCAGAGAAGACAUGGACUUUUCUUUAGAUGGUUGUUCAUGAGAGACCUGGAGAAGUUUGUCAGACGGUGCAGAACUGCUCAGAAGGAACCAAUCAAACGUGUGUGUGUGUUUGUGUGUGUGUGUUUGUUUGUGUUGGUGUCUCAGGCGGAGAGCAGGAGCGAGACUGGGCAGCAGUGGCAGCAGUUCAGUGUCGCCUCGACCGAGAAGGAGGAACGAAGUUGUUCACUGAUCUGGUGAUGAGCACCAAGAACGACAAGAUCUUUCAGGAGAGCAUCCAAGUUGCCAUCUGUCUGCUGGAGGGAGGAAACACGGAGAUACAGGUGAGAGAUAUGGAUACAGGUGACUGAGAGAGAUACAGGUGAUCCACAGAUCUAGGUUACAAACAUAUGUGCCUUUAACCUGCUUCAUCUGUCAACAUAACCACUCUUAAGCAUUAUUUCCACCACAUCUGGUAUGGCUCCAAUCCGGAAUGGCGGCGAUUUUCACUGUACACCAAUUCAGUUGGUGAGGCGAAUUUCGUGGCGCAUUAUGGACAGCGGUGGUCGCGAGAACUCGCAAGAAUCUGCAGAUUCAUGUGCAAUCAUGCGAUAACGAGUUGCCUCUAUAAAGACAGCCACAUAGACAUAUAAGCAGUACAAUGUGUCCUUCUAGAGGAGGAAAUUUACUUCUAGACUUCUAGAAUCAGCAUCUCCUCAUCCAUGAGUCAUCAGGGUGAAAUGACUUCAAAAAACCUUUCACUUGUUCGUCUCCGCCCGUUCGCAUGUUUUUCCUGAAACACAGUGGUUUUUUUAAAAGAAGCCGGAUGUUUCAUUUUGUGUCUGUGCCUGACUUCCUUUCCAGCAUGGGUUAAUCGAUGCUGAAUUUAUCCGGCAUGCUCCAGCGUCCGGAAAAGAUGGAACUCUUGCGAUCAGCUGUGGAGUCCGGCGAUCCGCAGAGGAACGGAAAGAAGUCGGUGGAAAUUGACACGUUAACUUGAAUGGUUACGAUCAGCUAUGAUCGGAGGAUACAACCUUUUAGUCGUCGUUCAGGAUGUGGUGGAAAUUAGGGGUUACAGGAGGUUGUCUCACCUGUGUGAUCCAGCUGCUGAUCCAGUUUUUCCCUACAGAACUCGUUCUACAAACUGAUGAUGGGCGACAACAAGUCUGAGAAGUUCUUCAAGGUUCUCCAUGACCGGAUGAAAGAGGCUCAGACUGAUAUUAAAGCCACAGUGUCUGUGAACGUUGGAGAGAUGACCCACAAAGCCAACGAGAAGGAGAUGGAGGGGGGUCAGAACUUUUUCUUUUCUCUGUUAAAACCCGGGUCAGAGUCCAGGUGAUUCUGGUUUUGGUUUCAGUUCUUACAGAUGUCUGACUUUCCUCCUGUGUGAAGGUGGAUCUUCAGCUUUAGUACUUCCUGGUUCAGGAGGUCACCCUCUGCUGGUCCAGGGUCAGUCCAUCGCCCCAGUCCCCGGAGCCCCAGUCCAACCAGCAGCAGAACAACGAGAGGUGGAGACAGAGAUGGGACCAGCCGUGACCAUCAUGAAGCCCAUCCUGAGGUUCCUGCAGCUGCUGUGUGAGAACCACAACCAAGACUUGCAGGUUAGUUAGUCCUGACUAAUAAUAAACUAGGUCCUGCAGGUUAGUAAGUCCUGACUAAUAAUUAACCAGGACCUGCAGGUUAGUUCAUCCUGACUAAUAAUAAACCAGGAUCUUAGGUUAGUACACAUGUCCUUUUUGACCCGGUUUGCUUGUCUUCAGAACUUCCUGCGCUGCCAGAACAACAAAACCAACUAUAACCUGGUCUGUGAGACUCUGCAGUUCCUGGACAUCAUGUGUGGGAGCACCACAGGGGGUCUGGGUCUGCUGGGCCUCUAUAUCAACGAAUCAAAUGUCCACCUCAUCAUUCAGACCCUGGAGACCCUCACUGAGUACUGCCAGGGACCCUGCCAGGAGAACCAGGUACACCCCAGCUGACGGGGGGGGGGGGGGGGGUCGGGGGGGGGGGGGGGGGUCGGGGGGGGGGGCUUAGAACUCGGCUGGAUCUCAGGCAAUCCCACGUGACACCAUUUAUAUAGUUGACACUUUCUCAGGAACUAGAAUGUGUAUCUCUGUGGGAUAAAAAGUGUUCAAAAGCUUACCCUUUUGGCGAUCUAUUGAGGGUUUCCGGACAUUUCUACACCUGCCACAAGGUUAACAAUCCAGCCACAAAAAUAGGUGUUUGAUUAGAGAUGUUUGAUGGUAAAUCCGCAGUGAUAUACCAGUGAAAACAUAAUUAUCAGAUUGUUGUGAUAAAAUAAAAAGAUCACUAUCACUAAAUGCCGCUUAUGUCUUCCAGGUUUGACGAGCUGUUUUGAUGACAUCUUUUUCUGUCAAACUUUUUAUCAAUUACAUGGUCUCCUAUUCUUCUCAUAUUCUUAGUAAACUGGAUCCCAAAUAUUCACAAAAAGCACUUCCUCCCAUGGUCAAAUAAAUCCAGGUUAAUUUUAAUGUCUGUUUGAUCAGUUCCAAGGUCUUUGACUCUCAUCUUCUCCUGCAAAGAUCAGAUCCAAGCUCUUUAACUCUCAUCUUCUCCUGCAAAGAUCAGAUCCAAGCUCUUUAACUCUCAUCUUCUCCUGCAAAAAUCAGGUCCAAGCUCUUAAACUCUCAUCUUCUAUUGUUCCCUUGAUGGUAGUGUCCAAUAAGAGGCAACCAAAGAUCAACAAGGGACAAGAAAGUUCCCUGCUUGUCUGCAAAAUAAGAAAUAAUGGUCCUCAAUGUUUGGAAACAAGCAAAGAAGAGAUUCUGAGCAGUAUGAUGUGGUCCUCUGUCCUCUGAGUGGCAUAAACAACUGUAAAUAGUAAAAAACACCUGGAGUAAUUAGUGUAAAUAUGUCAAUAGUUUCUGUUGUGUGUUUGUUCCAAUCCUAAUAUUUCUUCUCCUGAUAGCCAAGACUUGAGAGAAUAAUAUGCAGGUGAGAAAAGGCUUGGUCACUGUAGAUUUAUGUGUUUUUGUGCAAUGUACUGUUGGGAUCAGUUUCCAUUUUUGUUUUUUGGUUGUCUUUCAUUGGUUCUGAAUCUACUGUCACAUUCAUUUUACAUCAUUUUUGCUCCAUAAAUGUCAGCUGAGGUUGUCCUGAAAAAAGUAACGAUGUGUAUAUAUUUGCUGUGCUUGAAAGCAUCGAGUUGAUACAGAGUUUUUUACAAAACCCCCCCAAAAAAACAGGCAGACUAAAAACAGAAAAAUAGAGCUGGGAGUUCAAAGGGUUAAUAACCUGAGUGUGUGUGUGUGUGUGUGUGUGUGUGUGCGUGCGUGUGCGUGUGUGUUUCAGACGUGUAUCGUGACCCACGAGUCAAACGGCAUCGACAUUAUCACCGCCCUGAUCCUGAAUGACAUCAGUCCUCUGUGUCGGUACCAGAUGGACAUGGUUCUGCAGCUGAAGGUUCAAUAACCCUCAGAGUUCUGGUUCCCAGACUUUAGGGAAAUCAUCAUGUUUUAUAAUCUUAUCGAUGGAUGUUUGACUGUGUUUCUUUUCUUGGUUGCCAGGACAACGCCUCCAAGCUUCUAUUGGCUCUGAUGGAGAGUCGUCAUGACAGCGAGAACGCAGAGAGGAUCCUGUUUAACCUUCGACCCCGAGAGCUGGUCAGAUCCUCCCCCUCAGACUCUUUAAAGAUGUUGAUUUUUUCCCACAUUUAUAUGUAAUAAAAACUCAAGUGUGUGUGUGUGUGUGUGUGUGUGUGUGUGUGUGUGUGUGUGUUUGUGCUCAGGUGGAGGUGAUAAAGAAAGCGUAUCAGCAGGAAAAUGAGUGUGAGGACUCAGAGGUUUCUCCUCGUGAAGUUGGACACAACAUCUACAUCCUGGCCCAGCAGGUGAUCAAACCCAGGCUCCCCAUUGGCUGCUUUAUCAUACCGUACUCUCUGAUUGGUUGACAGGAGGUCUCACUCUGCUUAGUAUUCGUAGUCCCAAAAUCUUCUUCUCUUGUUUGUUUUUCUGCAGCUGGCGAGACACAACAAAAUUCUACAAAACCUCCUGAAAUCUCCCAAGAAGAACAAAGAGGGAGAGGAGGGCAUCUCUUCCAUGGUACUCUCCUCCAACUCCUCAUCCAUCCAUGCUGAUUAUCUGUUCAUUUUUCAUCAAUUUAUCAUAAGAUAAGAUACUCCUCUAUUAGUCCCACAAAAGGAAAUUCUCAUUUGCAGUUCAUCCUUUCCUAGAAACAUACAGUAGACAGGAGCAGACAGGGUGACAGGAACGGGAGAACUGAUGGAUCACCAGCCUGACUGGCGCUCCUUUCUUAGAUGAGAAGAAGAAGAACAGGAAGGUAGAAGAGGGGGAAAAAGGCAACUCCAAACUCUCCUCCUGUAGGGGGGCACAGUGGGAGAUCAGUACAAAAUAACCAUAUUUACUCUAUAGGGCGCACUGAAAAACCUUUUGGCUUGUCGGAGCACUGCAGCUACCGUAGCCCCCCAGAGUUAUUGACUGUUCUGUUCGGCUUAAUGCACUAUAACCAAGUGCGCCUUAUAUAUGAAAAUAGACACGAAUAGAUGCGUUCAUUGAUGGUGCGCCUUAUAAUCAGGUGCGCCUUGUAGUGACAAAAAUACGGUACCUCAUUGUCUCCAUCUCAGUCCCUCACAAAGUUCCCAGCCGUCUGAUAACAGGAGACGGCCUUGGAGAGUUCUGAUCCAGAAACAAAGUUCACCGGAGAAGGAGGGUGGGGAGGACAGAGCCGAGCAUCAGUCUGCGUAACAUCCAGGAGAGGAGACAUAACAGCCUUCCAAGGCCGCUGUGGGAGGGCCAAUGAAGAUAACAAAUUAUGUGGAACAGACAGACUUUCUAAUUGUCCAUCUACAGUGCCUGACAAAAGUCUUGUCGCUUAUCCAUUUUGUAGAAACAACAGCUUAUAACCUGACUUGUCAUUAAUCCAUUGGUUUUAGAAAUGGCUCAUAUGAAAGCUAAAACCCUCCCAAAUUAUGUUUAAAAUCUAAAAUAAAUUUCCUUCACUGAAGAACGAUUGAUCAUUUAAUGAACACAGAAAGGUCAGAUUUUGGCAAGACAAAAGUUUUGUCGCCUACAUAGAGUAAUGUGAAAAUUGAACAAAUAAUUUACUUCAAAUACAAAAAUAUGUUGCACAACAUCAGUGAAUCAAGUAGUGGUGCUGUGAGAUCCAUAUUUAAUAUCUUGAAUGACUUCCAUGAGCCUGAAGAACUGCAUCCAUGCGGUUCGGCAACGAUUCAUACAAUUUAUUGAUGAAGUCAUCAGAAAUAGCAAAGAACGCAGUCUUACAUGCCUCCCAGAGUUCAUCAAGAUUCUUUGGUUUCGUCUUCCAUGCUUCCUCUUUCAUUUUACCCCAGACAUGCUCGAUGAUGUUCAUGUCUGGUGACUGGGCUGGCCAGUCCUGGAGCACCUUGAUCUUCUUCGCCUUGAGGAACUGUGCUGUAGAGAUCUAAGUAUGCGAUGGAGCACCAUCCGGCUGCAAAAUUUGCCCCCUUUUAUGGUUGGGAAUGUAAGAGGUAGCUAAUACUUCUUGAUAUUUUAGGCUAUUGAUAUUGACUUUCACCCUGCAAAUCUCUCGCACACCUCCAUGCUGGAUGCAACCCCAGACCAUGAUUUUUCCACCACCAAACUUAAUUGUUUUCUGGGUGAAUCUCGGAUCCAUGCAGACUCCAGUAGGUCUCCUGCGAUAUUUGCAGCGGUUGUGAUGUAAUUCAACCGAAGAUUCAUCAGAAAAAUCCACCUUCUGCCACUUUUCCAGCGUCCAUCCUUUUAGCAGGCUGUGGGCCUUGGCAAAUGCCACACGUUUUUUUAUUGCUUUUUGUUUGGUGCUGGUUUCUGGGCACUGAUUCCACCAUGGAGGCCAUGUCGAGACAGAAUUCGAUAACUGUUCUGGUUGACACAGGGACUUGAGGUGACCAGACCUGGUGGAGCUCUGCUGCAGUGGAAAAGGGGCUGGCCUUGGAUUUCGAGCCAACAAACGGUCCUCCCGAGCAGUUGUCUUUCGGGGUCUGCUGGACCUGGGCUUGUCAAAAACAUCUCCAGUCUCUUCAAAUCUUUUUCUUAUCCUUUGUACUUGACGCUGAGACACAUUGAAGGUGUCAGCCACCUCAGCAGUGGAUCUGGUCUUCAGCCUCUUGAUGAUCAAAGCUUUGGUCUCAGGGUGAAUCUUAGGCAUGUUGUCAGAGGUCAAGUUGCAGUUGAUGUGAAGGUCUGGUGUGCUGUGGUUCUUUCUAUACACCCACUAAUUGAUUGGUCAAUAAUUGAUCACAGGUGAGGCUGUAAUCUUGGAUUGGGUGCAUCAUAUGACAAGGCGACAAGACUUUUGUCUGUGCAAAAACUGACUUAGUGGGCUUUACCAAGCUGUGAACAUUAGAAUGCUUUUCAGCAGUUUCAUUUGGCACCAAAACAUUAUUUCAAACACUGUUGGGAUUGAAAUUAGACAUUUCUUGUAAAAAAAAAUUUAUUGCACAUAUAUUUUAGGGGCACUUAAGGUCAACUUGUACCCAAGCGACAAGACUUUUGUCAGGGACUGUAUGUUGAGUCUCUCUGGCCUCUGAUGGUGUUGACCUGAACAUCCGAAUUUGGUGGCCAAUUCAGCCGAGCUUGGCUGUCAGCUUCUCCAGGGUGGUAUCCAAAUUGCCGAGGCGUUCCUCAGUCACAACCUGCCUGCGAUUGAGUUCGCAUAUCACUUGAAUCUGAGUGUUGACAGCCCUGCGCAUUCCCUCAGUCAUUAUGGGUAGCUUCCUGAUUGCCAAAAAUGCUGCCAACAUCUUCCGAACUUUGCGAUAGAUCAGGAAACUGCCAACUCCAAACAGCAGAAAGCCUUUUAUCAUAAUUCCAAUUAUGUAGACGUCUUCAACAUCCUCAACGGGAAGAAUCAACAGGAACACGACCCUCCACUUCUCAUAGGAGUCCAUCAUUUAUCCGGCUGCAAACAUUCUGUCAGGGCAGGCGGGUUCUCCUUUGAGAGACCAGCUGAUCAAAUCCAUAAUUUAAGGUUUGGAGUGAGAUGCAGAGAGAGGCUGCUGUAGUUCAGACAGAGACAGCACAUGACAAAGAGCAGGACAGCUAAGGGUUGGGAGGGAGCGAGAGGAAAAGCGUCUGCCUUCGUUGACAAUCAUCGCCAUGUGACCUCCUGUCAGAACAUAAGGAGGUCUCAGGUGACUGUGUGAGGCUGAAGAUGUGGAUGAGGUCUUCUGGCCCACUGAGAGGCAGCCUUCAGGCUGGAGAUAAGAAGAUGAUAUGGAAGAAUUAGAGACUGUAGUUCCUGAAGUGUCCACUAGAGGCUGAUUCCAAAAGUCCCAAAGUCACACACACACUCAUUGAAAAAAGUCAAUUCAAGACAGAAACAUGGUUUUAGAGAAGAUUCAAGGAGCUCCUCACUCUCUUCACACACACACACACACACACACACACACACACGUUUCUACCAUAUAUUCAAGCUCACUUAAUAGGGCGUGGCCAACUCCACCCACAGACAUCCAUAAGAAGGUUAAAGGUUUUUCUCAUAUUUGGUGGUUUUGUGUUUGACUGAACCCGUCAGUCUGUCAGACUAACAUUCCUGUCUCUGUCUGUAUCUGUCUGUCUCCGUCUGUCUCCGUUGUCCAUCUCCAUCAUCGGUCUCCGUUUGUCUCCGUGUGUCUCCAUCUGUCUCCGUCCAUCUCCAUCUGUCUUUGCCUGUCUUUGUCUGUAUCCGCCUAUCUGUCUCCGUCUGUUUCUGUCUGUCUCUAACUGUCUCCGUCUGUCCUGGUCUGUCUCAACCUGUCUCCAUCUGUCUCCAUCUGUCUCCGUCUGUCUCCAUCUGUCUCCAUCUAUCUCCAUCUCCACCCAUCUCCGUCUGCCCCCGUCUCCAUCCGUCUCCGUCUGUCUCCGGUUGUCUCUGUCUGUCUCCGUCUGUCCCCGUCUGUCUCCGUCUGUUUCCAUCGGUCUCCAUCUGUCUCCGUUUGUCUCCGUGUGUCUCCAUCUGUCUCCGUCCAUCUCCAUCUGUCUUUGCCUGUCUUUGUCUGUAUCCGCCUAUCUGUCUCCGUCUGUUUCUGUCUGUCUCUAACUGUCUCCGUCUGUCCUGGUCUGUCUCGACCUGUCUCCAUCUGUCUCCGUCUGUCUCCAUCUGUCUCCAUCUAUCUCCAUCUCCACUCAUCUCCGUCUGCCCCCGUCUCCAUCCGUCUCCGUCUGUCUCCGGUUGUCUCUGUCUGUCUCCGUCUGUCCCCGUCUGUCUCCGUCUGUUUCCAUCGGUCUCCAUCUGUCUCCGUUUGUCCCCAUCUGUUUCCAUCUGUCUCCAUCUGUCUCCAUCUAUCUCCAUCUCCACCCAUCUCCGUCUGCCCCCGUCUCCAUCCGUCUCCGUCUGUCCCCGUCUGUCUCCAUCUGUUUCCAUCGGUCUCCAUCGGUCUCCAUCUGUCUCCGUUUGUCCCCGUCUGUUUCCAUCUGUCUCUGUCUGUCUCUGUCUCCGUCUUUUGUCUCCGUCUGUCUCCAUCCUCAGUUGAACCUGAACAACCGUCCCCUGUCUCAGAUGUUGAAGUCUUCAGCUCCAGCUGCUGUGGUGGAGCAGGAUCCUCUGGAGUACUACGACCAGCUCACCUCACAGAUAGAGGUACUUCACGUCCUGUGGACACGCCUCGUCCCAGGACUGUUGUUAGAUCACUCGCAGCUGACUGUGUGAAGGUCACUGUGAAGGUCACUGUGAAGACCUUCAGUUGUCCAGCAUCUUCAGAGUCCAGUGAAAGUUCUGGUUCUGUGUGGGCAGAUUGUCCGUGAGGACCGCAGUAUGGAGCAGAUCGUGUUUCCUGUUCACCCCAUCUGUGAGUUUCUGACCGAGGAGUCAAAGAUCAGAGUCUUCAACACCACCGAGCAGGACGAGCAGGGGUCAAAGGUCACGCACUUCUUUGAACAGACCUCCUUCCUGCAUGGAGAGAUGGAGUGGCAGAAGAAGCUGAGGAGUAAAUACACGCAACACACACAACACACACACAACACAAAACCAUUGUUUGGUAAUGACGUGGAUAUUUAGUCAGAGUUCGAUUUCAGAUUUUCUCCAAGUUCAGAUAAAAAAUUAUAAAAAUAGAGUCGCCACCUUCAGGAGAAGAUCAGGGCGGAGAUCAAAACGGGUUUCAUCAGAACUGAUCAACGCAGAAAGGCAUAGAAUGUUAAAUGUUAACAUUAAUUUUAAAGUAAUCGACUAGUUCAGGUAGGUCACAAAGUCAAGCCCCUCUCAUAGUGGGGACUUAGCUGAGCUAUCACAGUCUGUUUCCAUGACACUCUAGAAAACUGAAUUAUCGCCUUAUUCCAAUUAAGACCAGACAACUGAAGUGCAGGUAAAAACCUUAAUCCCACUAUAAUUGGAGUUUGAGAACUCCGAAUAUAGUCAGAGAACUCUGAUUAAGACACCCAGAUAAUGCGAUUGGAAUUUGAUUUUCUCUACCAUGUAACCAGCGUAGUUGGAGUCUGAUCGGACAAUGUAUGUGCGCGUGCACCACGCCUCUGUAAACCUCGGGACAAAAACCCCAGAGAAGAGGAGUAGCGUGCGUCUCAUCUGCAGUAAAAGUAGCACAUCCAUCAUGUAGGACAAAAAUCUCCUUGCUCCAAAAUGCCCAGCAGCAGUUGUAGACAAUUCUGACGUCUGGCACGGACCUGCGGUUGUUGUUGACAGUUGUAUGGGGUCGGAAACAGCACUGCUGAAAAGAUCCAUAUCGCCCCCUAGUUUUGGGGAGGAGGACAGGUUCACGUCAAUAAUUCGAUUUUCUCAGCUGCAUGUAUACACGGACAAGGAGAGGAGUCUGAUUUAGAGAAAAAAAAUGGAUUAUGAGCUUAGUCCGAUUACCUGUGCAUGUAAACGCACUGAGUGUAUCAGCUGACAGCUCAGCUGAUUACCAACAAUCCAAUCAUCAAAACGUCCAUCCUUUGUUUAGUGUUCCUGUCUCUCCUCUUAGGUAUGCCCGUGUUGUACUGGUUCUCCAGGAGGAUGUCUCUGUGGGGAACCAUCUCCUUUAACCUCGCUGUCUUCAUCAACCUCAUCAUCGCCUUCUUCUACCCCUACGACUCAGGACAAGGUAACGCUGACGGUCUCAUCAGCUGACCUUGUUGUUGUUGUUGUCAUCAUUGUCGGUGUUAAUGUUGAUGUCUUUGUUGCCCCUCCCCCCCUCUACAGUUGGAGCGAUCGAUGACUCCCUGCUCCUGAUGCUGUUCUGGAUCCUGACGGGUCUGUCGGUCCUGUGUUUGUUCUCUCAGCGGUACGGUCUGCAGCCCCUCACCCUGGCUCUGAUCCUCAGGUCCAUCUACCACCUCGGCAUCGGCAACACACUCAUACUACUGGGCUCGCUCAAUGUGAGACACACUACAUUACCCAUACACCACUGGGGCUCCUCAGUAACCUUUUUUUUUCUGUGGACACAGUAAAGAUGAAGAUUUUGUCUCGUUAUAAUGAUGAGUUCAACCCUCAGUUCCUCCUCUGUCCAUAUUGAGGACAUUUCUUUCCUCUUUGUUUUGAGCUGACAGUCACAUUUUUAAAUAUUGGAAAAUCAAAUUUGGUGAGAAUUCUUUUUUUAUGAUUAACAUUUUUUAUUUCCAUUUUUCUUUUAAACAGUACAAACACAAACACAAAAACACAAAACAUCCCUCCCUCCCUCCCCAAGUCACCACCAACUGCACUCAUUCCUCUCUGGCUUGCAAAAUACGCCACUGUGCUACUCCUUGUACCACUUGCCUUGUUGGAUCGGCUGCAUCAAUGUAGCUUAACAUAAAGCAAUCACAAUCUCUACACAAAUCAUCAUUGAGAUACAAGAAAAUAUAUGAAUAAAAUAAGACAAAAUAAUAAAUAAAUAAAUAUUAAUAAGUAUAUAACAAUAAAUAUACAUAUACAUACACAUACUAUAAAAUAGAAUAAUAACUAUAGUAAUAGAAAAUAUACAAUAUAUAUACUAUAUGUAAUUAUAAUUAUAUCAAUUCACAGAAUAUAAAUGAUAUAUACAUAAAAAUAAAUAAAUACAUAAAUAAAUAUAUAAAAAUAACUGAAUACAUACAAACACCUAAUAAGCACGUAAUUUAAAAAAUUUGGUGAGAAUUCUUAUUUUUCUUCAUAUUAAAAAAACUCUGUGUCACCUGUAGUUCUCCGUUGCCACAUUUUAGCUCCACCCACCUUCCUUUGUCCACAAAUCGGACAAUAGACUUCCAUUAAAAACAGUUUUUUUGACCGUGUGUUUAUGGCACCAUAACAACAUAUUACAACCUUUUUUUUGCAGUCAGUCGAUCACCAGGGCUCUAAAUUUGACUUUCCAAAAGUGAUACAGCAGAUUGAGCCAGCACAUAAUUUUAACCCCUUCAGUGCCGCGCACGCAAGUCUUCAUUCAUGGACUGAGAGUGUUUGAAGUGCCAAUUCAUCCACUAAACAUCAUCAGAAUUGAAUGAAACUUUACAUGACACUAGAUAUGGAUGUCUAAGAGUGGGAUAUGUGUGUAAGGAAAAGUUUGUGUGCUCCUGCGUGUGUGCACGGGUGCGAAUCUGCGUCCAUGUUUAUUACCAAGCAUUCUGUGAGCGGAGUUUUUACAGUUGAAAAUUUGACGUCCAAGUUCCGCAGUGUGGGACAAAGAGAGGGGGACAUUUGGACAAUUUUAACUUUGCCCUCACUUCAGAGCAAGUAGAUGGACAUGCAUGAGGAUGAACAGGUCCUUCAGAUCAUUAGGUGAGAAGAUAUCACAUCUCAAAUAUGCAGUUAUUUUUUAUAUGCGUGUAAUCAGCGUAAUCGCGAUCAUAUUUUGGUUAGAGGUGGAUAACCACUUAUAAAUGAUUCCUAUUUUACAUCUUCUGAUUUUAUAUGCCAAUAUAUAAAAUUAAUUUAAUAUGAACAAAUGAAUUUGAUUACAUUUAAUUUGGUAGAGGACGAGACUCGAGAAAAGGAGGUGGAAAUGGUGUGUUUUUCUGCCCUAAUAGACUGAAUUUUGGUAAAUGAAUAAAUAUGACAUGUCCCAAAAAACUGGCAUAAAAAGGGUAAUACAUCAAAUGUUGUAUUCAUUUCUUUUUUAAUGGUUAGGGCUGAAGUUGUUUAAGAGAUUUGGGCCAAAAAAAGUAAAAGAAAAUGUUAAAAAUGAUUAUUUUAUGAACACUUAUCUGCAUGUCCGUUUGGGGACAGAGUAGGAUAGAUGGAGCUUCAAAUUAACAGGGUUAGUAGCUUAACCGAGGGUCAAGUUUAAGACAAACUCUUCAGGUUUAUAUAAAUCCUGGAUCAUGGCCCAGUAUUAGUGAAUCUUCUCUAGUCCAGAGUGACCCGGUCUGUUGUGGUCUCCUGGAUCAGUCCACUCACCUUCUGUCUUCGUUUCCUCCAGCUGAUCAAUAAGGUCGUCUUCGUGGUCAGCUUCGUGGGGAACAACGGGACCUUUAUCAUGGGCUACAAGGCCAUGGUGAUGGACGUGGAGUUCCUCUACCACCUGGCCUAUGUCCUCACCUCCACGCUGGGACUGUUCGUGCACGAGCUCUUCUACAGCAUCCUGGUAACACACACGUGCACAUACAUAUACACUAAAGACACACACUCACACACAAAGAUACAAUUUGUGCUCUCACUGCUGAUGUGUGUGUGUGUGUGUGUGUGUGUGUGUGUGUGUGUGUGUGUGUGUGUGUGUGUGUGCAGUUGUUUGACCUGAUCUACAGAGAGGAGACUUUAUUCAACGUCAUCAAGAGCGUGACGAGGAACGGCCGCUCCAUCUUGCUGACGGCGUUACUCGCUCUCAUCCUCGUCUACCUCUUCUCCAUCGUCGGCUUCCUGUGCCUGAAGGAGGACUUCAUCAUGGAGGUCGACCCGCUGCCGCACAUUGCCGCAGGUAGCACACGCACACACACACACACACACACACACACACACACAGAGUCACUGAGCCACUGAGCCAUUGAGCCUCAAGUGGACUCUGGAGGAACUGCAGGUUUUAAACUUAAAUCGGCUACUUCAUGAAAGAACAAUUUUAAAGUUCAUUAAAACUAAGUCUUUGUGUGUGUGUGUGUGUGUGUGUGUGUGUGUGUGUGUGUAUGUGUGUGUGUGUGUGUGUGUGUGUGUGUGUGUGUUCAGCUCCUCAGCAGAGUGAAGCCUCUCAGGACUUCCUGAAGUCAUGCUCUGCAGACGGAGUCAGCUGCACGGUGGAGAUGCAGGAGGUUUCGGCCAAUGAGGAGGAGGAAGGUGAGGGGUCAGAGGGCAGAGCUCUACGGUCUGAGGUUCAGGUCAUGACUACAGCAGCGAACUCAGUGCGUUUGCGUGUGUGUGUGUGUUUCAGAGGAGGCCGACUCGGAGCGAGCGUGCGACACUCUGCUGAUGUGUAUCGUCACCGUCUUGAAUCACGGCCUGAGGAAUGGCGGCGGAGUCGGAGACGUUCUCCGUAAACCAUCGAAAGACGUAAGCGAAACUUUCCUUCUUCCAAAUGCUCUGGAACCGUCUAAUCACAGUCCUCAGUCUAAUCACAGUCCUCCAUCCUUAUGGACUGUUGGAGCUUAUGAAGCACCAAAAACUGCAGUUCUCUGAGUGUCCACUAGAGGACACUGUCUCCUGCAGCAAUCAGUCAGAGCUUCACGGUAAAAUUGUGAUCGACAAAAGUUAUUCUUCGAAAGUUCCUGUGGAGAGAAAAAAAAACAGAAACAAAAAAAGAAAAAGAGUUUUUUAUUUUAUCAGCUGAUUUAUUAUUCGAUCAGCUGACUAACUUCAUCACUUUCACAUUUCUGACCUCUUUUCUUCAAAUGAGACAAACUUCAAUUGAACAUUUUUGACUUUUUAGUAGACAUGAUCCGAAAACUCAAAGUUCUGAUCCGUUAAAGUGGAUCUCACUUCCAGACACAGGUCCAUCAGUUUUGAUUGAUAAAAAUAUUGAUUAUUGAUAACUGAUCAUUCUGAACCCAAACACAGAAUCAUUCCUGCUGUGAGGAGGAUGUUCUGAUCCAAACCGAAAACCUCCAACUGUCUGUGGGUUAGAAAAGUUUCUGUUGGUUAGAAAAGCUUCUGUGUGUGUGUGUGUGUGUGUGUGUGUGUGUGUGUGUGUGUGUGUGUGUGUGUGUGUGUGUGUGUGUGUAGGAGCCCUUGUUCCCGGCCCGUGUGGUCUACGAUCUGCUCUUCUACUUCAUUGUCAUCAUCAUCGUCUUGAACCUGAUCUUCGGUGUCAUCAUUGAUACGUUCGCCGACCUGAGGAGCGAGAAGCAGAAGAAGGAGGAGAUCCUUAAGACCACCUGUUUCAUCUGUGGUAGGUACAAACUCACACCUGUCUGUCUGACUGACCAAUCAGAGCCCUCACAGCAGGGUCACAUGUCUGUGUGUGUGUGCAGGUCUGGAGAGGGACAAGUUUGACAAUAAGACGGUGUCCUUCGAGGAACACAUCAAACUGGAGCACAACAUCUGGAACUACCUUUACUUCAUCGUCCUGGUCCGAGAGAAGAACAAGACGGACUACACGGGUCCGGAGAGUUAUGUGGCCCACAUGAUCAAAGUAAGAAAGAGCUCUGAACAGAACCAGAACCAAAGAGGCCCUAACCUGACAAGAACUUGCUCUCUCUUCCAGAACAACAACCUGGACUGGUUUCCACGGAUGCAGGCCAUGUCUCUGGUGGUUACCGACGGUGACGGCGAGCAGAACGAGAUGAGGAUGUUACAGGAUAAGCUGUCGUCCACCAUGAAGGUGGUGACCACGCUGACCACCCAGCUGACCGAGCUGAAGGAGCAGGUACCAACACACGUUCAGGGACAUAGGAGGGGAGCGGGUCAAGUCUGGGUUCUCCUGUGAAAACCUCGGCGGGUGAUCCAGAACAUUUUUCCAAACAGAUCUUCUUCAGGAGGUUCUGGAGAUGUUUGAAGUUUGGAAACAUGUUUCAGGCUGCAUGUGGACAAAUGGGCAGCAGAACCAAAAACACGAACAUUCUAAGUCCAGAGUUUCCUGUAACAGACAGGCUGCACUAACCCGAACCUCAGGUUCUGUGUAAACCAGCGUGUUUCCAGCAGGAUCUUGUUUCUCCCUGUCCUUCUUAUCUUCAGCCUGAUUCUUCACCUUCUGUCCCUCACCUCUUCCUCUCUCUGCUUUUUGUGUUUUUAAUCAUCAGCGAUGGACCGCUGCGUUCGUGAAAAUAGGAAGUUUUGUCUGUGUUUGGUGUGUAAUAAGCUGACAUGCCGCACGUGUACAUGACAGCGCUCUGUCCUCAGAAUGGGAGAGGAGACGGACUGAACCGGAGACAAAGAGAAUGAGUCUGAUACAGGGGUGGGGUUGAAGGGAGCAUUAAAACACAACCAAAUGAAAUUCUUACCCCGAAUUUCCACCGCAUCCAGAACAGCUAUCCCGAACAGGGCAAUUUUUCGCCGUCUGCCAAUUCCUACUGGAUCUGUUUGUGAGGUGAAUUUCGUGGCGGAUUAUGGACAGCAGUAAUGGCGAGAACUCACAAGAACCUGCAGAUUCACGUUCAGUCGCGUGAUAACGAGUUGACUCUAUAAAGACAGCUACAUAGACAUAUAAGCAGUAGAUUGUGUCCUUCCAGAGGAGAAAAUCUACUUCUAGACUUCUAGAAUCAGCAUCUCCUCAUCCAUGGUGUCAUCGUGGUGAAAUGACGUCUAAACACCUUUCACUUGUUCGUCUCUGCCCGUUUGCAUGGUGUGAAAUACGAUCCUCCUGAAACACAGAGUGUUUUAUUUUGAAAAGAAGCCGGAUGUUUUAUUUUGUGUCUGUGCCCGACUUCCUUUCCAGCAGAGGUUAAUCUGUGCUGAAUUUAUCCGACAUGCUCCGGCGUCCGCAAAAAAUAGCACACUUGCAGCUGUGGAGUCCGGCGAUCUGCAGAGGAACGGAAAGAAGUCGGUGGAAAUUGGGGGCUACACACACACAUGCUAAAAUAAAGGUCUCCGAUGAGAUUUUAGUCGCAGUCUUGUCAAUCUUAAGGACACUAAAUUGCAGGUCGCCCAUCUCAAUGAGAAAUCUGAGAACAAAAAAAACAUGGAGUUUUCUUUUCAUCAGAGCGCCACAUGAAUGUGUAGCUCAGGUGAUUCAUGAACACCUAAAGUGCAGAUACAUUUCCUUCUUUCUUUCUUUCUUCUUAUGAAAUGAAACUCGAUGAAUUUAAAUUCAAAUGAAGUUUAAUGGAAAUGAGUCCACAGCCACUCUGAACGUUUGAUGGUUUGACAGCAUGACGAUGUAAACAUUUAUGUUUUUUCUCAGUGAAGCUUUUCUUUCCUGAAUCUAACAGUAUUCACGGUUUGAUAAAGUUUGUCCCCUAUGUGUUCCCAUAGAUGACAGAGCAGAGGAAGAGGAGGCAGAGGAUGGGAUUUGUCGAUGUGCAGGGAGGAGCGAGUGCAGCGCUGCCCCCUAGUGCUGCAGGAGGGAACCAUCAGAUCUACAAAACAUAAAGAGAGAGAGAGAGACUGAUGGACAUGAGACACAGACGGACACAGCUGCACUGAAGGAGAACACAGAGUGAUAAUAACAACACUAGAGCAGAGCUGGAGA